AUGAUCAUUCCUGACAUCAUCCUGCCGAUUCAAAGUCCAAGAGAAAGCCGAAUAAGUCCACCAUCGACGCCGCAUGUGGAUCUUUCCUCAGUCCAAGGCUCGAGUCCGAGGUUACAGCCCGAUCCCUCCGAGGAGGGUCUGGAUACCAAUUCUUGGGGUGUGCCGGCGGCACUGGAAAACUUGCUAUUAUGGAAGAACCAAGGCGAGGUGGAGCGCACUGUGCGUUCACGGAGAAACUCUCAGAGCGAUGUAGCCAGUUCCAUUUUCUUCUCUGUCAUACAGGAUAACCUGUCUGACCAUCGCUCCGAUCUUUUAUCAGCGAUUUCGGUGAGUGGCAAUUUGAUUCGCAAUGAAUCUCCAGGUGGCACUCAAAAUACCAAGCUACUUUUAUUUGUCUACGCUUUCCGAAAACUUCAAUCAUGUUAACAUUUUGUAAGUGAUACGCCCAUUAAUUGGGCACAGAAAGUGGGCUGUCCAGGAAACGAAGAUAGCAGUAUCUCAGCAUUUACAACCUAUUUUAUAAGGACAAAGUCGUCAGCAGGUAAAAAUGUUCGCGCAUGCUCUAUGUCUCAUUCAAAGUUGUGUUAAGUUCGUUAAAAAGCGUAUUGUAAUUGACUAAAGCAAAACGGAAUUAAAUGUUACUGCAACUCUGGGAACAUGAAAAGCUGAAUUGGGUGCGAUAAAGUGUUAAUUAAGUUCUAAGAGCUGUUUUGGACAGUACUGGCGCUUGGAGGAGAGGAAUCUUUUAGGGUUUUCAUCCGACACACACAUACUUUGAUGAGCAUACUGGAUAUCACAGAGCCAAACAUUUUCUUCGUUGGUCUUUAGCUAUUUUUGUAAUUAAAAAGAGGUCGUUAACGCACCUUUUACUAUGUUGAGGCCUAUGCCCCGAAUUUCGUUACCCUCAAUGCAUAGUCGGAACGACCUUUGACGUUUCUAGACUGGCGGGUAAAAUCACUCAAAAAUUCUGCGUAAUUAACUUUACAUGCCCAAAUAUCUCCAAGUUCGAAAAAACAGCAAAAUGUUAAUUCUGUCCUGAAUACAUUAUUUUAAACUUUUUAGUGUGUAAACCAGAAUCGCACCGGUGUCCUCUGUGACAUGCUAAUUGAACGACCUGAUCUGGUUCGACUGUGCGACGCAAAGGGCAACUACCUUAUUCAUUACGCCGUCAGUCGUGGCCAUCUUCAAAUGAUCGACCUUCUUGUUUCUCGCGGAGCUGGUAAUUACAGUCCAUUUAAUGAUCCCGAUCAAUACGUUUUUCAAGAUUUCUAUUGCUCUGACCCCAUCCUGACGCGCUUGCCUGUACAGUAGGUGGGAUAACUCAUAAAAUGUCAACCGAAAUUUCGAAAUGCGCUCUUAUUUCGAACUGAUUAAUAAAGUAAGGUUGUAAAACUAAUAAGCAUGCAGCAUAAUUCUAUAAUGAUCCAGUUACCCCAGGAUGUCGGCUUUCGAACAAGUUCCUUUUCGGCUGCAUGUAAAAAUUAUACUCCGUAAAAAUGACUGCUUAUGUAGCAUACAUUGUCCCAUUGAUUUCCGAGGCUCUUAAAAAUGCAGUAUACCUAAUGCAAACCAUGCAUAAACCUAUUCAUUCUUUUACGCAUUCCAUAGAAAAUGACGUCUUCUUCCAUUUUAUGCUCAAAGGGAAUGUAAAAUUCAAUUUUAAAAGCUUUUCUAAUUCCCGAAUAAUUUUAAACCGGACCUGCGGUUGCAUUUGCAUUAUUGAUUACCAAACUACAAGCCGUAUAUUUCCCACGCACGAAAAACCGUACAUUUAUCUACGGUACGAAGGGGAAACCUUGUGGGAUUAGUCAAAUUUAGCAGUUGACUUAAGCCAUAUUGUUAACUUCACAAGCCACAUUGAUAAAUGCAGAGACAUGACGUUUUAUGAACGGCCACUUCACGUUAUUAAAGAAGCUCACAAUUAGAAGCGUUUUUAAAACCGAAUUAUACCCUACAUUCGAGUAUCAAUUGAAAGAAGACGUUAUUUUCUACCAAAUUAGCAAGAGCGUGAAUAUUUUUAUUUAUGCGUUCAAUGAGAUAUGAUCAAAUUUUCAAGCACAUUGAAAAUCAAUGAGAAGAAUGCAUGCCACUUGAGUAGUCAUUGUUUGCAGACUAUAGCUCUUACAUGAAGUCAAAAUAAGUGCAUUCGAAAGCCGAGACCCUGGGGUAACUGGAUAAUUAUAGAACUAUGCUGAAUGAUGAUUAGUUUUACAAAACUACGUAAUUAAACUCUACGAAACGAGAACGCAUUUCGAAAUUUUGUUUGACAUUUCAUGAGUUAGUCCACCUACUGUACAUACGGCUAUCAGUGUGCCGAUUCAGGAAACAUAUUAAAGAAAUCGUAAAGCGAUUGGGAAAAUACUAAUAGAAGAUGCGAGCUGCUUCAGCGUUUUUAAUUUUAACUUUACGCAUGUCAAUUUUAACUGUAUAUUUUGAUCCACCAUAUGAGUAUGUUUAUGCAGACAUGGAAGUAGAUGGCAGGGCAAUCUUUUGAGAGGUGGUUUUCCAAUCUGGCCUUUCUCACUUGAACUUCAGGGCAUACUCAGAUAUGGACAGGAUGGAAAACGCACGUUUUAAAUAAUUCCCUCUUACUGCCUGCUGAUGCUGUAUAUAUGCUAUCUCAUGAAAUGUUAACAGAACUUGCGAAAUAUGCUUUCGAUUCAAGAGGGAGACUUGAAAAGGGCUGCAACACUUAUUAUCGUGCAAUACAAUCCUAAGAUGCUGGGUUUUAAAUAACUUUAUUUUCAGUCGUCCGCAAGAAAUAUCCUCUUAAAAAAAUGAUUAGUUAGUAAGAAUGAAUUUCCACAUUCUGUAUAGAUGCCGUCGUAAAUUCAAUUAUAUUUUGUAAAAAAAACGUGAGCAACAAUGUACCUCCAUGUGCUCGCUGGAUAGCGAAUUGCGUCUCCUCCAAAUUUUCUGCUUUAAGAGGGGAUAUAUUUCGGUUUUUGAAUCGUUUUCAAUUUCCGACUAAUUAUCCCUCAUCUACCGUGACACUUACACUCAGGAUUUCCAGACUACAAACUUUAAACUGAAGGACUAUCAAAGAUUUCUCCAUCCUGUUAGGAAGACCUUAUAGAGGACGCAAAAUAGCAAAUGAAUGUCGACUAAGUAGUGUACUUUUCAUGUCCCAAUAAUAACCAUGCUGAGAUGAUGCUGCAUGAACGGACAUUUCAUGGUCUUAAAAAUCCAAUGAUGAGAAGCUUUUCGAAACUCAAAGAUACUCUCGCUUUAAGCAGAAAUCCCGGAGAUGACGCAAUUUGCCACGAAACAGCGACCGUACAUCUUUAUGCUCUAUUGCUAAGACGUGCUCAUGCACACGUGUCCCUGGUCGUUUGUCGGACCUGCUGUAGCAGUUGACCAGACUGUCUAGACCGUUAAAACGGAAAACAACUUCUGACUUGUCGUCAAGCGGUAGCCUGCUCUUCGGCUGUAUGAGCAAGCGGCGAAUUGUAAUCUCCGGCUGGUUUCCGAGGCCCACGAUGAGCGUUCUUUGCAUGCGUUCAGUGGCGUUGGAGAUGUCCCUUAUGCGAGGCAAAACACGGACUAUGUGAAGCUUUCGUUUUGCGAAUGGAUAGCGAUGUCGUCCCCUACUUUGACUUCAUUGGGUUGUUCAAGGGAGUUAUCCGCAAACAGUGCAGAGUCGCUUUGACCCGCCACUGUUCCUGCCUGGUUGCAGGAAGAUGCUGGUUUCAUUUUACCUUUGAUUUCCAGCCUAGUGUCUUAAGUGCGAUCGCGCGGCCACAACAGGUGAAUAUCAGUGUCUGGACUUUAAACACGGCUGACUGACAGCACAGCCCGAAUGGGAUUUUACCGAUAUUCUGACACUGCAUUACAUAGUUGCGAGAGCUUCGACUCAUCGGCGAGUCCCCAUUAUUCCCUACGUGUUUUCUGGUAUUUGCCCCUUUUAAUGUUAGAUCAUCUCACUUUUCCCCCAAAAUUUCACCGUCGACUCAGAGUACAUAAUUCAGGUUCCGUCAGAAUGCUGCUAUUGGUAUCCUAUUUAUGCUUGAUAACCCAUUGUUGAGUUUUCAGCCUUUGGAUCCCCUUAGAAACUAACGCGUUAACUAGGAGUAAAUGCCCACGGAAUGAAGUUAUACAGGCUCCAACCGGAAGACAGUGUGAGUAUUUGAGCCGGAAUCCAGCACCUUCGACUGGAUAACCGCGUCACAUCCCUAAGCCUUCAACAACCGUUGCGUGAUCCACGAUGCGGCUAGCACAGGUGUUAGCAAAAACAGCCUAUAGCUCUAUUUCGCAUCACCGGAGCGCUGGGAUGACAAAAAGACGACGAUGGACAGAUUCGCUGAGUUGAAAGCAACCGUCAACUUUGUCAACUCAAAUGUCUCUAGAAUAGAACGGUUAACUUGAUGCGUAGUUUGAUUCUGAUUAAUUACCAUUCUGUUCGAGAUAUAAUGUUUUUCGAUUUUAAUAACUUAUUGGCAUAAACUAGGAAGAAGGGCACGAAGAUUAGUAAAAAGCUUGUUAAAUCAGUCAAUUCCAUACGGUGGAUGACAGCUAUUUUAAAUCUUUCGGUCGGAGAGGACCUUGGCUACUCCUACCCCUCCCCUCCGUACAACAAGUAACCUUGCUCUAAAUUUCAGACGGUACCUGUUCCCGUGUCCUUGCUUUAAACCUAAUUCUUACCCUUCUAACCGCAGUUCAGCCGUAGUCUCCGGCGGUGUCAACCGGGUGCUCUACGGCAGGCUAAGAGUAGAGACGGUGACUUGCGUGUGAGUUAGUUUCAAGUGGUAGUAAUUAACGCAUCUAUCUGUCGUACUCUCGUCUACCUCCCCCCCCCCACCGGAUCUUGGAGUCAUGGCAGUCAAGAAUACCGGAGGCGGAGAGGGCGCAAGUGGCUGGUACGGCGAGAAUCUGCACCUAGGUCUACCCCCCCACACCCCAAAUCCUCCCAGCACCAAUUAUAACACAAACCCUAAUCCUCAUGGUCUUAACCGCAACCCUAACCAUACUCUGACUAACGCCGUUCAUUAACCUUACCUUAGCACUAGACUAAAUCCUCCUUCAAAGUUGAGGAGACUUUAAUUCCCGAGUCCGAACAUUUCCAUGUGUUUCAUUAAUAUGCAGAAGUCCAGCAUUAUUGCGAGCAUUUUGCAUUGAGGGGGUAAAUAUCGUUUUCGCUCAGCAUGCCUCUUCCGUGCCACUGCUGUCUAGAUAUCAACCAGAGGAACGUUCAGGGCUACACACCCCUGCAUCUUGCCAUUACGCAUUCCCAAACUGCGGCUCUUCUUCAUCUCAUUUCAUUGGGCAGUAAUGUGGAGAUGGCAGAUGAGAAGGGUGUUCAACCCAUUCAUCUGGCUUGCGAACUCAAUGACGCUGAAUCGUUGAAAGUGAGUUAGUCGCGUUUCAAUCCCAUUUUCUUAAUGCCUUUAUAACAAAUUAAGUGAUUGAUAAAGGUUGAGGCUGACGGAGGACCCGUCGACUACCUUAUUGUUAGCUGAAGGCGUGUUGAUCUCCCUUGACGCGAAAUCCGAGUUCACGCUUUCAAAAAAGGACUCAUUGCAAAUGUUUCAUGCCUGAAUUACUGUUCUUUACAGUUCAACGCGAACAAGAAGGAGGUUUUGACCUAUUAUACUCAGUGGCAUAGGAAAUCAUUUGGAUAUGAAGAAGCAUAGGAUCUGGCCGGUUUCGCCUUUAUAAAAUGGAUUUAAAAUAAUUUUUUUGAAGGAGCUUUCUGCGCUUUAGUUUCAUUCAACAAACAAAAAUGCCAACACCAAAUGUAUGCCGUACUGUCCACACGAAUAUCGAUCACGACAAUUCAUGAGUUAUAUCAGCAACGCUAUAUUUGUGAAUUCUGAAAUUACGCACAUUUGUGUACAUUUUCCAAUUCUUUGACGCUCGCACACAGUUCAGGCGUAGUCUUUCAAAUCUGUAAAAUCUUAUCAAAAACUCUCCGAUUUCGCCCUGAAUGUUGGCAGAUAAGGCAGCAACUAUCUAAACUCGAAGAAUAUAAUCAUGACAAGGAUGAUUAUGAUAACGGAGUAUCAAAAACGAGGACCUCAGCGCUGAACUAAAUGCUAAUACAAAUGACGAUUGAUAACGGACGUACUCAUCAGAAGUCCUAUUGCAAGGGACUGCCGAAUCCCUUUGUCCAAUCGCUAAUUAUGUACCGACGGAGCAUUUAAAAAAGCUCCCGUAAAUGACCUGCUGGGCACAUCCUAAUGCCUUUAUGGAGUAUGGCAAACAAAGUCGUCGUCCGGCCUAAAUGUGAACCGUUUUGAUUCAUCUAUCAUAUAUCUGGGUACAGGUCUAAAAAACAACUCGGCAAACAUUGGCCUUUUAAUAUUAAGAGAAUUUGCCAGAGGAUCCUGCGGCAGUUCUUUGUCUGUUACUUCACGUAUCUGCCCAAAGUCUCAACAGAUUUAUCGUUCAGCGUGGCCGAAAAAAGCGUCGCCAUAUUGAGGGUGUUUCUUCUAUAUUUGCGCAUGCCUCACAGUUCUUAGUGCAACAAAGCAAAUGAUUUUGUGCUAGCCUCAUAACGCGUCUUAUGGCGGAUCAUAUCGCGAAUUUUCGGAUCAAGUUUGAAAAACUGAAUUCGUUUCCCUACCCCUAAGACGAAUGCAUUUUCAACAUCUGGGAUUUCACGACCUUCGUGGGGCUGAAUUCAGCUUUUCCCGCUUUAAAGUGCGCCUUUUGUCGCAUUUUCUUAUUUCUUCACAGUAGGACAUGCUCUAACAUGCGACUUUGGCCGGUGACACUCAGCAGCAAAGAAGAUGGCCUGGAUAUAGGGAAAGGCCUGUCUUUACCCAAAAAUGCCCAAGUUUUGCUCUAGGAGAAUCGUUGUAAAAUGAAUUGUCCGCAGAGGAAGACCUCUUCGCUUCGAAUAAACUCGCUGAAAAUGGAUAACAACAAUUCAUACGCUCCCUAACUAUCCAGCGGCAUUAAUCACUGCUUGACGCCAUUCGGAGGCUUUGCUACUGUGGCCAAAGUUUCCACGCCGUAAUCUGUUGCUUACCACAAUAUGAGGCAACGUGAGCGGGUUCAUGGAAGUGUCACGAUUAAAUUGGAAAACAAGUAGCACCUGCUCAGCAAAACGCUGAUAGCAGAUGUGGAAAAGAAGGCGAUGAAAUGCCUUUCACACACAUCACAACCGGACGAGCGGGAGUAUGUCUACUCGAUCCUACCAAGAAGGCCAACAUGUUCUGGGGCAGCCAAAGUACCCAUGAGAAUGGAUUAAAUUGAUCAGCUCUGAAUGAAAGGCAAUAGCCGAGGUACCACACGUCUAGCAGCUCCGAGUCUAGAGCAAAAGUAGCCGGUAAUAUAGUUACUGCUAAUCAGUGAUCGAGCGAUAUUAUUGUGGUUGACUUGCAUUUUUAAAUAAUUCAAAAAUGUACUUAUGCAUUCUUUAUCGGGGCUUAAUUUCGUCGACACAGCUGAAAACCAAUGGUGGUUGAAAACUGUUGCGUAUGCAGUGCUCUUAAUUUGCUAGGUCAGAACGGACUGUUGCGAGUCCAGUAAUCCUAAAACUAAAUAUUUGUUCUAAAAUAUUUCCCUAGAAUUCCUCACCUUUUUUAACCUAAGACUUUCUGCGGAGUUUAGAAACUGCUUCAUACUUCGGCGAUCGAUAUCAAUGCACCCGGCGAAUUUGGCAGCACUGUCGUUCAUUGCUGCUGCCGCAAGAACAGUGUCGAAUGUCUGGAUGUCGUGGUAAGUUGGUUUUCCAUUCUAGUCUAGAUGUGCUCCGAUAGAACUUUCGAAGAACAGCGGUUCUGCAAUAGAUCACAUACACGCAAACAUAGGUUAGUGUCGAACAAGAAGGGGCUGGUUUUUCACUAGCACAUUCGCAAACUCAAGGGUGCCUCUAAUUGAACAGUUUUUUAUUCCAUCGACGAUCUGGGCAGAAUAUAUAUAUAUAUAUAUAUAUAUAUAUAUAUAUAUAUCAGCGAGGAUGGACGACAGAGAAUGCAGGUAGAUUGAUACAGCACUGUUUCGGGCUUAUUCUGCCUUCAUUCAGCCAAUCAUAACCCUGACCACCAGCAGCUGGCACCAGAAACACAAACAUGCGCACAGACGCACCUGACGCAGUCGGUCCACCAAUGAGGCCUACCGGAUGGGUCAUAAGCACUUCAUCGAACCGAACUUCAUCAGUGCCUCACCACCUGUAAUUCUCUGUCGCUGCAGAUCGGGUAUUUAUCAAUCAGGAAUGGGCGCACACCGAUCUAUUGGCUUCACAAAGCAAACAAGCUCCGUAUGUGUGGCAAAGGUCACGAACAGGCAACCAAUUACCAGGCCGAAGUCGGCCAAGUCAUAAUAGCAGCGAGGAGAGACGACAGAGAAUGCGGGUAGAUUGAUACAGCACUGUUUCGGGCUUAUUCUGCCUUCAUUCAGCCAAUCAUAAACCUGACCACCAGCAGCUGCGACCAGAAACACAAACAUACGCACAGACGCACCUGAUGCAGUCGGUCCACCACUGAGGCCUAACAGAUGGGUCAUAAGCACUUCAUCGAACCGAAGUUCAUCAGUGUCUCGCUACCUGUCAUCCUCUGUCGCUGCAGAUCGGGUAUUUAUCAAUCAGGAACGGGCGCACACCGAUCUAUUGGCUUCACAAAGCAAACAAGCUCCGUAUGUGUGUCGUCCCUCCUCGCUGCUAUUAUGACUUGGCCGACUUCGGCCUGGUAAUUGGUUGCCUGUUCGUGACCUUUGCCACACAUACGGAGCUUGUUUGCUUUGUGAAGCCAAUAGAUCGGUUUGCGCCCAUUCCUGAUUGAUAUAUAUAUAUAUAUGUAUAUAUAUAUGUAUAUGAAUAAUGGAGGUAGUAUGCAUUCCGAGGCGAUAUAAUAAAAGGAGAAGGCUCGUCGGAAAAUCGAGGUAUACUCGUGAAUUUUCAAGUCGGUUACACCAACCCGUCGUCAGACGAAAAUGAAAAGUGUGAGGGACAUAAUCCUACUGGGGAGUCAGGGGGACAUCGAGGUUACAUCGACAAGAUAGGCGUUUAUGUGUGGGGGUGAAGAACGUGUUUGGAUAGGUGGUGUACGUUAGGGGUGGUGUUGGGGUUUCACACAUGGUUCACUCUGUGGGGGAGGUGCUGAAUCCAUGAUAUUCUACAUGGCCGAACAUGGAUUAGCAGUUGGUGGCUUAGGGUGGGCGCAAGCCGGCGAACCGUGAACGUAAGCCUUCGUAUUGAGCGUCCAAGUCGACAUGGCGGUUGAUGCUAUUGCUAGUAGAGUGUCAAGCUUCUAGAAACUCUCGCGCUUGUUUGGUGUUGGCACUAGCGAUCACUUCGGUCCCCUCCCAGUUGAAGCGGUGAUCACACUCAAGGGAGUGCGCAAACACGAGAGACAAGGGGUCCCGUCGGCGGAUGGCCAACUUAUGUUCGUUAAUGCGGGUUCCAAGUCGUCGGCCGGUAUGCCCUACAUAAACGCUAGAGCAGUUUGAACAUGGAAUGCGGUAAAUGACAUUUGUUUGCUGCUCCUUCGGUAUGGGGUCUUUUACCCGGGAUAAUGUCGUGCGCAAUGAAGACGCCGGUUUGUGGGCGAUGGAGAUACCGAAUCGAUUUAAUUGUCGAGCGAUCGCUUCGGAAAUUCUCGGCAUGUAGGGCAGGGAAUAGAAUUUCCGUGAUACCCUGUCUCCGUUAGAGUUGACGUUUUGUGGUUGUUGCUGCCGUCUGAGACAAUUUUUCACAAAGCUCGCCGGGUAUCCGUUGAGUCGGAAAAAGCGAUGCAAGUAGGCCAGUUCAUCUUUGAGUAAAUCGGCGCUACUGCAGUAACGAUAGGCCCUGUGGAAAAGGGUUCGAACACAGCUUCUUUUAUGGGCUGCUGGGUGGUUACUCUGAUAGCUCAGGAUGAUCUCAGCAUCAGAGCUUUUCCGAUGAACGCUUGUUGCGAUGCCGCCGUCACUGAGCUUUUGUGUGCUCACGUCUAGGAACGGGAGGGUGCCUCCUUUUGCGUCUUCACGAGUGAAUUGUAGUGCUGGGAAGGCGCCAUUCAAGCUCUGGUGAAAUCGCUCAACUUCACAGGUCUUAACGAUGACAAAUGUGUCAUCUACGUAUCUGAGCCACGUUUUUGGUUGGAAACAUUGCACAACAUCUUGUUCUAGUCGUUGUAAGACUAGUUCUGCAAGUAGCCCCGAAAUUGGCGAACCCAUUGGGGUGCCCUCAACCUGCUGGUAGUAUUUGCCAUCGAAUUGGCAAUAGUUAUUGAGGCAGAGCUUAAGCAAUUCUAGAACGUGAUGUGUUGGAAGGUCGAUGGGAUUGUCUCGUAAGCGAUGGGCCACGCUCUCAAUGGCAAGGUUAUGUGGUAUUGAGGCAAACAAUGCGACAACAUCAAAUGAUAGAAUACUUUCAUCAUGACUUACUUUAAGACCUUCAAUCCUUUGGAGGAAUGCCUGAGAAUUUGUGAUGCUGUACUGUGAUCCAUCAGCGAGAUGCUUCAGAUGCCUGUAAAGCCAUUUGGCUAGGCUGUAAGUGGGCGACCCGAUGAAUGGCACUAUUAUCCUCAAUGGUGCAUCUGGUUUGUGCACUUUUGGAAGGCCAUAGGCAUGCGCGAUACGGGGGUCAGUGAGAGUCAUGAAUUUGGAGUCAUUUGGGUUAAUCAGCUUCAGUCGAGCGAGUUCAUUCACCUUCUUCUUUAUAACCGCGGCCUGCUUCUUCGUCGGGUCCUCAGCGAGUGGUGCGUAAGCUUCCCUGUCAUUAAAGAUAGUGUUUGCUUUUCGAACGUAAUCAACCUUGUCCAUGAUGACGGUUGCGCUUCCUUUGUCAGCAGGUACAACCACGAUACUGUCAUCAGUCUUCAGAGAUCGCAACCCUUUUUCUUCAUCGACGGUCAAGUUACAGUGACGUUUUCUUUGUCGAAGAAGACCACUGGCACAACUGCGUAUGUCCGCACGUACGCCUUCAGGGAUAGCAGAAGCCAGUAGGACGGAUUCAAGACUCGCUAGGAAGUUUGUUGGUGCUGCAUCGGUAUGAUUGAAUUUAAGUCCUUUAGACAGUAGGCUUAUCUCGGCGGGUGUUAGACUCCUUUUCGAAAGGUUAACGACUCUCGCAGACAUGCUGCACUUGUCGGUAGGACAGAGAAGGGAUUGCAGUUUAUCAUUCAACUCGGCUCGCUUCUUCAUUCUGGCAUCUGUUGAGGUCGCAUUUAUACGUUGUAGUAUGACUUCGAAGAUAUCUUCGGGUAAGGAUGAGAAGCACUGGUUCUUAAGGUCGGAGAUUAUUGUCUCAAAUCUAGAAAGUCGGUGGUGCACGUCUGAUAUAAUGGCACUCAAUACACGGAAUCCGUAUUUGCGUGCGAGAAGCCUUCCUGUCUCAUUUGGUAGAGUGGGCUUGAAGCGAAGGGACUUCGCAUGUUCAAACUGCUCUAGCGUUUAUGUAGGGCAUACCGGCCGACGACUUGGGACCCGCAUUAACGAACAUAAGUUGGCCAUCCGCCGACGGGACCCCUUGUCUCUCGUGUUUGCGCACUCCCUUGAGUGUGAUCACCGCUUCAACUGGGAGGGGACCGAAGUGAUCGCUAGUGCCAACACCAAACAAGCGCGAGAGUUUCUAGAAGCUUGACACUCUACUAGCAAUAGCAUCAACCGCCAUGUCGACUUGGACGCUCAAUACGAAGGCUUACGUUCACGGUUCGCCGGCUUGCGCCCACCCUAAGCCACCAACUGCUAAUCCAUGUUCGGCCAUGUAGAAUAUCAUGGAUUCAGCACCUCCCCCACAGAGUGAACCAUGUGUGAAACCCCAACACCACCCCUAACGUACACCACCUAUCCAAACACGUUCUUCACCCCCACACAUAAACGCCUAUCUUGUCGAUGUAACCUCGAUGUCCCCCUGACUCCCCAGUAGGAUUAUGUCCCUCACACUUUUCAUUUUCGUCUGACGACGGGUUGGUGUAACCGACUUGAAAAUUCACGAGUAUACCUCGAUUUUCCGACGAGCCUUCUCCUUUUAAUAUAUGUAUAUAUAUGCGGAUUGCACUUAUCAUUUUCUUGUUUUUUCAUAAUUGCUGCUUCCUGCAAGUAGGGUUUGUUCGGUGAAAAAUAGUUGACGAAGAAAGUGAAACUCCAUGACCGUUCCUUAUAUCUAUUUGCAUUAAACUUUAUUUUUAGAUCUCUAAUACCAUAAAAAUGCACCAUGAGCAGUACCAUUCAGUGGGAUCGCAGAAAUAAAUGGUUGCCAAAAUUGAAAACAUUUGGCGCGCUCCGAACUGUCUGAGUCCAAUAAUGUCCGCGUAUAUGGAAAGCUGGCAGCUUACUGAGUUUCGAAAAGAAAUGACUGAAUUUUUGAAAACAUGAUCCACAGUCAUCAGUUUUGAUGAAGAAGUUCAAUUUUAUCAUAAGUCGGGAGCCAAAUUUGUCAGAUAAUUGACCAUAAAAUUAGGGCCUAAUUACAAGAUCAGUUAGACCAAAAUAAACAUAGAAUAGUCCGAAUCAAUGCACUUUUAUUUCCUUGUAGCGGAUACAGUUGGCAGUUCACUCUGGCUCACAAAAGCGUCAAGGGCAUUGCGCGUCCCCUAUCUAGUACUCGCUUCUACUUUGUAACUCAGUAAUACUACAUCCCGUCGCAGCUGGCAAUCACUUCGGUUUUUAGAGUUACCCAGAUGACACAUAAGCAGUUCACUAAGAGUGCGACAGGCUAGAUGCAGACAGCCGUUUCACAGCCAUUGCCGAUCAUCAAACGCUUACUUGGCAUAUUUAUGUACCUUACUUUAUAUGGCCUGUGACUUACUGAUGAUCGGCAAUGACCGCGAAACAGCUGUCUGCGUCUAGCCUGUUACAGUCUUAGUGAGCUGCUUGUGUAUUAUGUGUGGUAUGUGUCCUAUGACACAACGUUGGUUGUCGUCAGUUGCAAGCUGGCGGGUGGACAGAAUGGGAUCAAGUAAGUUCCUAUCCACAACAGUGAGGGUGUCGAAUGUCGUGUGCUCGGCAAGAUAAAGAUUCCCAAUCAAAAGUCAGGGAAGGCGGAAUGAGUGGGACAACGUUUACUGUUUGGAAAGCGUGUACACCAAUGCUGUAUGGGCAGUCGCCGCAAGUGUGCUCUCCAGGCAAGUUGUUGUCUGUGUCCGCCUUCCUGGUGUUGUGUUCGCGGGUGUGUGUGUGCGCCCUGCGUUGUCUCCGCGUCCGCCAGCCAAUCAGAGGGGGGACAGCGUUGAUUGGCCUGGAGCACUCGCGCGUCCCAGCAGUGUAUCGACAAAGAGCGUGAGGCGGACAGGAAGGCAGCGUGACAAAGGCGGAGGGCAAGGAGACGCGAACUGCCACAAGGGUCACGCGUUUACUUGACAUGUUUAUCCGUAUGAGGUCGGACGGCAGUCUUUCUCGCUUUGCGUGGUCUGCUUCGCGCAGUACGGCGGAUACAUUCGUGUUUUGACACGUAGAUUUGGGGAAUUUGGGUCAAUUGAUUGACUGUCUUCGGUAUUUUGUUAUAUCUUUUUGCUUCUGACCCACCAUUGGCUCAUUAUGGUUGGGACAAAGGGUAAGGGAUAUAAAUCUGCCCUUCUAUAGGCUAAUUCUUAUGAAAACCUCGAUGGAGGCCCUCGAACCGAUUGUAGUUCCUGCCGCAUGUAAACCAUGAUGUAGCCAGUUUGCAGGGUAUUUAUCUAAACCACUUACUUCGGACAACUAGUGCUACUUUUAAGAUGACAAGCACUCAUAGUGCGCGGCUUUUUCGCUACCGAUUUUAGUAAUUCUGCUUAAAUUUUUUAUAUAAACAUCGGGGUCGGACCUGAAAACUAGACGACGAACUCCAAUUUGAGUUCACGCAGUUAUUUCUAACAGCGCAAAAUGGAGGGUCUGAAAGAUCAACCAACUAGCUCAACCCCUCUCAGUUGUGUUUCCGGUGGCAGAUAAUAUGCGAGAUAUGCGUCUGAACUAUCAACUGCCAAGUAUAUGGGUAGUGAAGCUAACUGACGUCUUCCUCAAAGUCAUAAUAAUCAAGUCGUCCAUUGUGUAGGAAAGAUAAUCUGCCCUAACCGCGAACGCAAAUGGGUAUUCUCGCUUUACCCCGAAAGUGCGGGGUCACACUUCACGUCGGUGGUGGCAAAGUGGCUGACAGUCGGUUGUCGAAUAGAUUUAAGGACAAGACCGCGGCACCAUGUACAUAACUUUAAGGGUACCCUUCAUGCCUAAGCUAUAAUUCAACUGUCUUUAUCAAAAUAAGGUCGAGGUCACGUUGGCAGUGAUCAUAGAAAGAGGACAGUCAACUACGUGAAUCUGUUCCCUUAGGAGAUGCUCGUUUUAACAGUUAAGAUGAAGACAUAAGUACUAGCAGUAAGGGUGUAGGGUGGAGGGCCGAAUUCGUUCCCGCCAAAAGUUGCAACGUCUAGUCUCCUCUGUUCUUUUCGCUGAUAAUCUCUUACUUGAUGAUACUUUCCCACACAACUGCUCUUUACAGUUGCAGGCUGGAGCUGAUAUCUACAGGGCCGAUGCUGUCGGCUAUUAUGGUGUCCAUGUGGCCGUCCUCACCGGCAGUACUGAAUGCCUGCAGAGGCUUUUCAAUCACGAAACCACCAACGCUCCGAACUACAGCGAGGUUAACUUCAGUGAUCAGCACUUAAUCUACCUGACUGACAGUGAGGGGGAGACACCGCUGCACUCAGCAGUAAACUGCGGCAACUUGGAGAUGAUCGACGUACGUGAGAUGAAUACAGUGGUAGUUGCCAGACUGAAGUGCCUCUGGUCUAAUCAGACUGGCCUGAAUAAGCAUUCAGGUCUCCGUUUACACCUGUGCACCCCUGAGCAUUUUUAUUUUGUGAUAAAUGCCGUCAGUAGAAGCGAACAGGUGAGCUCCAGGAAGCAGUUCAGAAGAUGAAAAUUCGACUACUCGAAUAAGAAAUUUAUUGGCCUGAUGUUUCGGAUUCUCACUUGAACCCAUCAUCAGUGACAGUCACGCAGACAGAAAAUAGGGGAAAUUAUGGUGACCAGGCAUCCCAUCUCUGCAAGAAAUAAAUCAGCUUUAUUUUUAGCACGUCAUGGUUGUGGCCGCCAUCAUCCCUCAACUUCCGUAUGUCGGCUCCGCCCUCGCGAACGACGAUGUCCCGCUGACUUGCGCAGCACCUACCACACUCCCUCAUCUGUUGCUCAUCAGCCCCGAUAACAAGACAAUGUCAAAACAACCAGUACAGGAAAGUUCGGUCGUCGCAUGCGACGAUGCCUACCGCGUGUCCCUUGGAAUAGGUGUAGCACAGGCGACUUAGGCGUGAAUUAAUUCAUAGUGGGGUGGACUUCCGCAGCCUCUACUGCACCCCCUCCCUCUCAAACACUUGGGCACUGUGGCAAGAUUACGGUGAACAACUGGAGAGAGAAGCGGGCAAAAUGGCUGACUAAGUCAAGCAGUCUGUAGCAGCCGCUCCAGCCCCCCUUUUUCUCCGGCUCCGUUUUGUCGGUCGAUGGCCGCGACAAGCACUGACAGGCUGCUGACACACGACCACCCACACCGUCUAGAACUGGGGCCCCUCCUGUCCAGCUGCAGUGACUCCCGGCUGCCCUCACAAACUAGUAUCACCUAACGCGCGUCGAUCGCUUUGGCUUGAUUCCCGUGAGGCCUUGUGGGUAUGCGCCCUCCAUUCCUCCCCUUAUUUGUCCAAUCACACGACCAACACUCAGACCGUCACACCCUCCUGCUGACCCAGACACUCACGCCCGCGUAAACAACACACCGCGACUUACGCUCUCCGUGAAUGGACACUUAUCUCUGUUGCAAGCAAACAGCCAACUUACGGCAACCUGCCCCGUGUACAGAAUAAACUAGUCCUCACAGCUCCCUGACUUCUGACAUUAGACGAAACGAAUUUAUUGUGCGUGGUCUGAGUUGACUUCACAUCCUUGACCGCCACAAGUCCGUCUACACGCGUGUCCCACACGCCUAGUCGGCGCAUGACGGACCAUGUUUUCCCGGAAACUCCAAGGAAGCGGCUCGGAUUUCAUCUGGGUGGGGGUGCCAUAGAGGUCACAUUGGGAACCACACAAGGUUGCGGUGAAAAUCGAGUUAUCUCAUCGGCUGGCCGAUUUCCAAUCCAAAAAGUCACCCAUGGUGAUAGUUUCGAAGCGCGUCAGGCUUCUGAUAGUGAGGCAUGUCCUGAUCUGUCGUGAAAAUGAGUGCCCCAGAAUCGACUUUCCUCUCUCUCUCUCUCUCGCGCGCGCCAUUUGACAGUCGGAGCUUGUCAGUUGUCUGGUGCAGGGGUUGGGUGCGGUGGCUGACAAAGCCGGGACAGUAAGUUUACAUAUGCCACACGCGGCCUAGUUAGACACCAGGCCGCGUCCACAUUAACUGCGCUAUCUCAUGAAAUGUUGGUUGACAUUCUAAAUUGAGACUUUUUUAGAAAAGCUUGCUUAAGUAGGGUUGUAAGACUGAGUGUUUCGCAGCGUAAUCAUAAGGUAUUUCGGUCAUGUCAGGAUGUCAGCUUAUGAGGAAACCUCUUUCCGACCGCCUUUAAAAACCGCCCUCUGUAAAUAAUGACUAUGGUGUACAUUUUGCCAUCGAUUUUCGACGCCCUUAUAAGUGCAAGCAUACUUCAUUAAAAAAUGCGCAGAAUUGUUUUUUCUUGUGCUCAUUUGGGAGCAAACUACAUCGUGUUUAUGUUUUGCGCACAAAGAGGGUGUCUUUCGGUUUUAAAAACCUUUCUUGAUCCCGAAUACUUCCAAACUUGACCUGCCGCUGUAAUUGCAUUCGAAGUUUCGAAGCUAUAAGCUGUGUAUCAUCCACAAAGAAAAAUCACAUGUCAACAUGUGUUUUUACAAAAAUGCCAUAUAGUGCUCACAGAAUUUUGCAGUGGAUGUGAACAAUGUUGCAUUUAUUUCAAGCAGCAUUAAUAAAUGGGCGGAUAGGAUGCUUAGUAAUUACAUAUAUCUCGUGGUCUUAAAAACUUUACACUUGAAAGCUUUUUUAAAAACAAAAAAUGUUCCUGCUUUAGACAUAAAAUUUAAAGAAGACGUAAGUAGCUAUCAACUAUGCACAAUAAAGAGUAUUUUAUGAACUUUUUCCAUGAACCAUAUUCAGACUUAAAAAGUCUAAAAAAGGCUGCACUUGCCAUGCUAUUACAUGACUGCUAUAAUUGGCGGCUCCCGCUGAUGCGAUAAUGGUUUGUUGGUCCCCAUCUUCAAGUUUGACGAGGCUGAAAUUCUCACGAGAGACGACAACUGUGUGAGCCGCGAGCUGCUUGAGGCAUGGUCUUACGGCGUCCAGCCAUUCAGCAAGUAGAGCAAACGCCAAGUCCUGUAUUCUGUGCUGAGAAUUUGCCUGAACAAAGUUAGCGUUCAUGUGGGGAGGAUGCGGACAAUCGAUAAUCGGAGUUGAGUGAUUAUCAUGUCAAGUCUCCACAACAGUGGUUACAUUUCGAUAGUUUACAACUUAGAUGUCAUAAUCGUACCGGAUACGACCCACAUCGAUGGGCGCAAAUGUUGCUCAUAAAUAUUACGCUCCUUGUGCCUCAAUCAGCCUCAUCUACGGCUGCCUCAUGCGAUGAGGCCGGGUGGAUGAGAAACUUCAGGCCAGUAAACUUCUUUUCCCAACGAUCAUCUCUUCUUUUUCCGUCUUAUGUUCGUACUCUGAAGUUUUACAACUUUGUCCCCUUGUCUUAACAGUUUUGUCUCAGAAUGGGCGCCUGUGUCGAGGCCACCCAAAACGAAGAUUUAAACGCGGUCCAUUUCGCUUGUCGCCGAGGCGACAUCACAGUUCUCAAUCGUCUCCUCGACUGGCAGCCGGAACAGUCGGGGAAACUGCUCUGCUCUGUCUGCAAACAGGGAUGCACCCCCCUCCACUUGGCUGCAAAGUUUAAUCAUGCCGAGAUGACUGCUGCGUUAAUUGAACAUGUGAGUUCUAAUCCACUACUUCAGGUUUUAAGAAGUUCGCUAGCCUUUAGCAGCGGCUGGGAGUCGAUUUGUAUCUUUCUUCUCCUUACAAACGUCAUGUUUGGAUGACACGAGUCAAGACUACUGGAAGUUGUGGCGCAACUCGAUCGCUGGGACAAGGAAUUCACUUUAGGGCCGUUUCGGGUUACUGCUCGAACACAGCACCAGAGGCAGCAAACCUUGUGGCGAAUGAACAAGACGUACAAUUUUGUGUGCUAAUAGCGACGAAGGCUAACUGGAAUUACUUCAUUCUUGUUAAUCAUGAGUGUUGCUUAACACGAUAAUCACUUUGGCGGCCACAUCCGAGGACAUGGUCAUUAAGACUUCAUGAACAGUGUAAAUCAUGGACAUAAUAACUACCCCGAAGCUUAGUUAACCAUUUAUACCCCCGAGACAGUAAUGCUUCGUGAGUUUUCAUCCGCCUGGGCGAAGUCGGGGAAAUUGUGGGGGAGGUGAGGGAUUUUUCCGCUAACCGGCCGACUGCAGGUCGGAUAACCUCGAAUCCAACUUUCUGCCACUCAAGCGGCUGACAAGUUUAAACCUGGCUGAACUUAAAAGUGUGUCCAGACCCAGUGCCAUAUUCAACUGAUCAUACUAACAACCCGACCAGCACCAAUCUCGUGACCAAGGCAAACAUAAAAUGCCUGAACUACGUUAAAUUUAACCUUGGAUUCGCUUACUUUACUUGCACCUGGACGAUAUUCCCUGAUUCACUUGCAAAUACACUAGACUCCGGCACGCCACAGAGUUAGUCAAAAUCCAUUCCAAUGAUAGCAGAACGGAGGACUACUAAAAUGAAGAAUUCAGUGUUGAGUAUGUGGAAUAACUUUAUUCAAGUCUUUUGUUUACGGAGGGCCACGUCCGUCGACCAUUUAUACGGACGUGUGUUCUUUGUUCUUCCUACCUCCUCGUAGUGUCGGUCGAGCGCAAUUUUACAUCAUCACCCCCUCCAAUUUAACAGUUAAAAUCUCAAAAGCUCAUUACUGGCCCCAUUAAGCACUGACCAAAUUACUGCCAUUUUUAAACUUUUCUUUGGCGUAAACAAAUGACAAGUUCUCACAAGCAGGUUUUUAGGUACAGAUACUGAUCACGUAAGGACUUAUACACAGUAACAAUGAGUUCUCAUAAACGUUAAAUUUUGAAUUCUAAAGGAUUAUUUGAACUGCUGUCAUCCGGUGAAGUUUUAGUACGACCUCGACAGAUCGGCAUUUGUUUUGGAGUCGCAUCAAAAAAAGCGGUCAGCAAAAAGUACGGAGAAAAAUAUGCUGGACUGGCUGGAUUUGUGAAGAUUUAAUCUCAGUUUGCAUACAGUAGGUGGGGUAACUCAUGAAAUGUCCACCAAAAUUCCGAAAUGCGUUUCCGUUGCGAAAAUCUUAUGCUCGAAGGAAGGGUAUAAUCCGGUUUUCAAGAACUUUUCCGAUUCCCGAAUAAUUUUGAACUCGCUCUAACGUCACGCUUGGAUUCGGGGGUUCCAAACUACAAGCCAUAUAUUUUCAGCGUACGGAAGACCACACAUUUCUCUACGGUAAUAAAGGGAGAACACAUAGGGUUCAUAAAGUCAGCUUUACAAGCCACAUUGGUAAAUGUAGUGACAUUACGAUUAAUGAACGCCCAUUUCACAGUAUUUAAAAGUCCCACAAUUAGAAACUUUUUUAAAACCGAGUUAUUACCCUUCUUCGAGCACAAAAAUAGAAGAAGACGUACUGCUCUACCGAAUGAGCAAAGGAAUGAAUACUUUUAUGCUUCUUUCCCAUGAACUAUAAUUGGACUUUUAUGGACAUGGAAAAUCAAUAAGAAACAUUCUUGCUACUUAAGCAGUCGUUUUUUACAGAGUGUAGUUUUUGCAUGCAGUCGGACGGAAAUUCAUUCGAAAUCCGGUAUUCUGAGAUAACUGAAAUAAUACAGAAUUAUGUUGCAGACUGGCUUGUUUUACAAACCCACUUAAUGAUCUUUUCGAAACAAAAACACAUUUCAUGAGUUAGCCCACCUACUGUAGGUUCAGAAGUGGUAAUGGCUUCUUUUUAUAAAUGUUCUCCUGAUGAACAUUUAGCGGUUUCUACCUGGUUCACUGAUGCCCUUCCUCAUUUCCAGCUAUCACCCAUGGAACUACGCGACUGGUUGGGUUGUACCCCGUUGUUACUCGCGAUCAAGAACUGUGCCACCGCCGCAGCCCUGACGCUGAUUCAGUUGGGCGCCGACCUGCAUGCUCUGGAUGAGUCAUCACGCAAUAUUCUUCAUCUGGCCAUAAUUUCAGGUGCCCUCAGGGACGAAAAGCUGUGGGAACACAUCACAAAGGUGAAUGAUUGUCGUCUGUACUUAAUGCAAAUUAGACAGCCGUAUCGACAAGGCCUGAGAAUACGCCAAGGCCAGGCCACGUAGUAGAAUUGAAGUUUGUAUUCGCCAGGAUAAAAUGUAUUUUUGAUUUAACAUUUCACAUAGCGGGGUUGGAGCACUUAAGAUUGAAUACUUAACUCAUAAAAUAUGCCUAAAUUAACGAAAAAUCACUAACUAACUUGAAAUCAACCAGAACGCUUUUAAAAAAUGGACCGUCAACUAAAUUAAAACGCAUGAUAAAUAUUUCGGGCACAAUUUCGUUGGUUAGAAAUAAAAAUGCCUGUUAUGUGAAACCCGGCACAAAAUUAAGUUCGUGACGUCCGAUCAUGUGUUUCUCGACCUUAAUGCGUGAAAUCAAUGCAAUUUUCCGGGUUUUAUAGUGUAAGAGAUACGAUUACUUGAAGCAAGUAGAUUUUUCUUGCUUUCACCGAUAGAGGCGUCACCUGAAUUAUAGUUUUCAUAUGUUCAUAUGUUGUCAGACUGGUCAGGGAUUAAUAAAUAUGAAAAGAAUCAGCAGCUGCUGAUCAAAAAGUCUUUUCCGUACAAUCAACCCAUAGUUUGUGCGGACAAAGAUGUUCAUUGUUUAAGAGAGACUCUCCAUGCUGUAGCAGUUUCCGCCGUCAGUGCUUAAAAUUAGGUAAUUUUCUACGAUCAUGAAUGAGUACAAGAAUGGUGUCAUAUUGUUCAAUUUUCUGAUGUUCAUCCACUUUCGCUUCUGAAUUACCCAUAAGCAGUAAAUCAACUGUAAAAAGAUGGUAUCCGCGUUAAAACUACUCACAGCAUCGCAAUUUUUGAACGGAAAAGUCUCUAGUGAAGUGAUGUCAGAUCAUCUUAACAUCAACUCUCGUUCGCGGAGUGUUCCAAGUUCAUUUGGAUUGCAUUCCUUAAUUUGAGCUACCCUUUCUUGGACUUCACUUGCUGCGGCUCGUUCCUGAAGCGUCAUAUUAUUCACUUCAGUACUGUGGGUCGCGUAUUAAUCAUGUGGUUAAAAAUUGGCCCAGACACAUGGGCAUAGAAAGAUGUCUGGACAAUAAAGCCUAAAAGUUAUUCUACCUAAUCAUCCCUCCUUCUCAUUUUCACUCCAUUGUCACUACCACCGCCACCACAACCCGGCGCGCCAACAGCAUGGCCUUUUCCCUUUACUGCUUGAGGAGAAGGAUGAAUUCGGUUGCACAGCCCUCCACUACGCCACGAAAGAUUGUCAACUCAGCCUCACCGUGGAGCUCGUCGAUCUGGGUGCCAGCUGCACUGCUCAGAACAGUGAACGGGAAACGCCCCUGCAUCUGGCCGCUCUCAGGGGCUGUCUGAAGACCUGCGAGAGUCUCCUGCGCACAGCUCACGGUCUCUGGGCAAUGAACACGCCCGACGACAGGGGCCGUCUUCCUCUACACAUUGCUGCCCUCAAUGGACAUGCUCGAAUCGUCAGUCUGCUCAUCGCCAAGGGCAGCAGUUUCAGAAGGUCUGGUCGCGGGGGGCCUAGUGUUGAUGUGUACCAACUAAUUUGGGUUGAAUGUGUUAAUUGUAACAGCAGCAGCAGCAGCAGCAGCGGCGAAGACAACAACAAUAUUCUAAGCAGUAUUGAAGUAAUAAUGCUAGUAGUGCUCGCAGCGGUGGUCGUUAUAGCAGUUGAAAGCAUUAGUAAUGGGGAUGAUUGAAGUAAAAGUGGAGCUGGCAGGGAUAAAAGGAUUGUGCGCGUCUGCUAUUCAGCAAACCCUGGCCUACGCAGUCUGGUGCGCAAUGGCAGUUCUCGGGCACCUGGUUCCCUACCUGUGGAUGCGCUGGGCCUCCCCCGUGCGGAUGCUCGCCCGGUUACUUGUCUCCUCCUUCUCUUCCUGAUCCACAUUUGUUAGUUAAAAUCCGGGUCAAGCGUUUAAUGUGCACCAGAUGUGUGGUGGUGGUGGUGGUACGCCUGGGUGCGGAUCCCGCCGCGCCAACCACCUACGCCUGAUGCCGCCUCCGGUCCUACUAACUUAGCCUUGAUAUCAGGCUCAUGUGAGCGAGGUGGGAGGCAGUGCGGCAGAUCCUACGCAAGUUUACUACCACCAUGAACUCAUUCAUGUACGAGUCAUCGUGUCUGCUCUCACCUUGCUGUAGAGCACACAGUGGAUAUAGUCGGCAAUGAUGUUGGGACUAGUAGUGGCCGCAACGGUACCAAUGGUAGUGGCAUCACUAAAGGCAGUGCUACUGCCUAUGACUUGAUACCUAACUUCUUCAGAAGUGCGAUCCAAAUCCUGGUAAAUCCUUUCGAAUGGAAACUCCUUCUAUGUGAAUAAGCGAGAACUGGUUCGUGUGGAAUAGCCAACCGACAUGUCUGUGGCAUGCGGAAAACUCAAUUCUCUUGAGCAUAUCGAUAAGCCUCAUCAUAUUCAGCAGAAGAAUUGUCCUGUAGGUGACCUCUACAAAAGAGAUUUCGUUCGCGUGAGUAGGAGUCACGGGGAUUACGAGUAAAACGUGAUCGAUCGGAAAACGUCGAAUUCGAGAAAUUGAUCCAUUGGCACGCAGCCCGUCAGUAACUAAAAGUGCGCAUGAAAGUUCAGAUGCAUUUUUCAGACGUCACUUUAACAAAUAUCCUUUUUUGCACAUAUUUGCUCAAAAACUACAUCUUGUUCAAAUUUUAUGCUCAAAGGAAAAGCAUACCUAUGCUUUAAAGUUGCCCAAUUCUCAAACAAUUUUAAGCUCCAUCUGCCACUGCGUUGAAGCUUAGGAUUUCAGUCCUCAGACCGUGUACCUUUUGCAUUUUCCAUGCAAGUUAGCCAUAUAUUCCUCCAUUCCAUUUGAAAAAUACCAUAUAAGGCCCAUAAUCUGUUCUAAUGUUUGUUGUUUUUCGAGGAACAUUAUUACACUGACAGGAACGAUGAUAUUUGAAUAUACAUCGCACGAUCUCAAAAACGCCGUAAUUAGAUGACUUUGGAAAUCGAAAGAUGCUCAUCCUUUGAGAAUAAAAUCUGAAGUAUAUGUGAUUUGCUUCCAAACAGGAUGAAAAAAUAUUUUCCACCAUAUUUUCUGUAAGACAUAAUUGGAUUUUUUAGAGCAGUAAGUAAUUCCGGAUUAAGUUCCGCAAAUAGUCCCAUGUAACACUUGAUAAGUCAAGUUGGCAAGCACGAGUUUUUGGUGAUUCUUCGUCAUGCCAGUACAGUUACAUGAAGGAAUAAAAAUGUACAAAAUUAACAGUGUUUAUAGGUGUCAGAGGUGAGACCCGAUUAAUUUAGAGUUCUAUUCUCGCACAUUUAAUCAAUACGUAUCACCGACUUGAUGCCAAGGAAGCAUUUCAGGUUGUCUAUCGGACACCGACAAGCUUUUCUAAAGGCCUACGCCAACGGAUACUAGCAACGGCCGAGGCAAUGGCUAUACGGCUAGCAACUCCGUAUUCCGCAACCGGCUGCGUUGCAGACAUGCUGACCUAAAACAGAGGCCAGUCUGACUCAUGGCAUGACUUAACCAGACAGUGCAGAGUCCCUGCGGUGCAUCAGCGCAUUCCUCACCAAUAAUGAAUCCGGCGCGCUUAAAUCUAUAACGAUGUGCUAAUAGUGGCAGACGCCGAAUGAAUGGGGAAGCUCGACCAUCCUCAGGACUGGCAGUUAGGCUGCAACGACUUUGUCUUAAUUUGACCUCUAUAGCACUCUCAAUGAUGUGAGAUCCCAUCCGACCUCAUGAAUACUCGAAAAAUGUGUGGGAACCAGGUUGUGCGUGUGGCACACGUGGAUGGGAUGUUUAGGGAUUGUCAGCCAGAGCGCUUGAGCCCGCAUGUGGUCGUCUGUACAUUGUCUCGCCAUCAGCGCAAAGAGGGUAAGAGAGGAGUGAGUGAGAUGCAUGCUUUCGUAAAGCUGCCUGAUCAUAAACUAAUACACGCGCAAGUUAUAGAUGCCGUGAAACGCAUAAUGGACGUCGUCGCCUGCGACGGUAAGGACAAGUUUUCGAUCAGGAGAAUAGGGAGGGGAUCAUCCCAAUCUCCGCUGUACUCGUCGGCAAUCACUUUCUGCUUAGGACAACGCUGUCCACGUCUGCUUUCGCAUGAUGCCGAACGUCUGAACGGUCUGUGAUCCACCCAUCAUAAGUUGAGCUCAAAGGAAGAAUCUUCCAUUCGUUACAAGCGACAGCCACCAGGGACAGCGCAGAGGAGAUUUAUGCAUGCAUGGUGUAGAAUUCUUGUUGAAUUUAGUUACGAGUAUAAGCCAAAACAGAUUUCGGUUUAUAUACGGUACUACUGAUAGAAUAAGCUAAUAAGAAAAAAGGUACGAACCUUAACUAUGGAUACCCUGGUCAAAGAGUUCGGCUAGAUCGCAGAUAGUAGCCAAGCUUGGGGAAGCGGACGGCCACCUUAACCUAACUCUAACCUUAACCUCAAACGUAAACCGUUAACCCUAACGGCAGCCUUAACCCAAACCCUAACCGAAAUCGUAAACGUAACUGUAGCUGUUAGGCAUAGGUCUAACUGUAAAACCUAAUCUUAAACCGAAACCCUAACCGUAACCCGAAAACCUUAGCCCAAAGGGUAUAACACUGGCCUUUUUUUGCUAUUCGAGCAAAUCUAAUUCCGAGCUCAAGGUCAGAAUACAAAACCUAGUUAAUUAAAAGAACGCCCAUCACGUUCGAAAUAGGGUUGCAAAAAGGCGGAAGGGAAAUGUCAACAGUGGACAAAUGUGGAAGUACUUGCGAGGAGGGCGUGGAGAAUUCCAAGCUUUGACCAGUUGGGUACAACACACGGCAUCCACCUCUGUUCACGCUUCAUCCGUCUGUCAGGAUCCUAUGAAAAAACAGGUUUGAGACGACUGAAGGAGAUUGGUGUGAUGGUUGUUGACAAUAAAAUCUUAUCUAUAUAGGCAGAAUGGUAUUACCGACAAAGACAAGGGAGAAUGGAAUGGCCAUUUCUGGCUUAUUAGCUGUCGUCAGCCAGCCAUACCCAAGCCCGAAGUGUGGAACACCCGAGCCGUAAUACCAUUCUGCCUAUAUAUCAUGCGCCGCUGUGCGGCUGGUUGGGCACAACGGAACGAGUGAGUUCCGUAUGAACGAUCGGUGAGCGCCCCCUACCAAAACCUUAUCUGUCCACACGUGCUCCACACGAUCUGAUUCAUACCGUUUCAUGCGAAGAGAGAUCACGGUGAGUGGUCGCGGACAUCGCAUUGUUGAAAGUGUCCCAAAGACUACAUUAAGAAAGUGCCACUACAAUGUUACUGAUCGUUCGAUAUGAAGAUAAUAUAAAAGGGUGCCUAUUUAUUUAUAAUGCGGGAACUAAGUACUGGGUUUAAACUAUAGCGAACUGACGGACUAUCCGAGUCGAGUCGACUGCAAAAGAGAUUGAGUACAGUGUUGGAUGGAGUAUGAAGCCCUUGUGUAAGACGUGGAUCUUACAAAAGGCCAAUUAUCACUGGACGGAUUAUACAAGAUACUUAUCAUUUGGGCAUCUGCUGCAAAUUUUUGAGCAGAGUUUGUCCGGUUACGGUAGGAACCAGUCACUUCGACAAACGUAUAGGGCUUAUUUUUCCCCUCAUCGGUUUCUGGGUCGAAUACGUGAAGCUGUUUCGUGUCAUUACAGUCGCCCGAACGCCUCUUUCAUGAAGUUGAAUUUAUCGCAAAACCUCGCCACCAACCGGUUCGUCUGACAUUCUGAUUGGCCGUUAACUCGAACUCACUUAAGAUGCGAGUUGAGAACCUCCAUUCCAGCAAUGACUGAUGAUUACUUUUUAGUUUUUUUCUGAUGCCCCUUGCGGACUAUUAUAAAUAAGAAAUCCAUGCAAAUGGAAAUUUUUAAUCAUGCGACGGACUCGAACCUCCGAUCGCGCUAAAGAUGAGGGAGUCGUUGUCGGUCGCAUGAAAUUAAGCAUUCCGCCGUUUCUGACUCGAUAAAUACGGGAAAUCUCCAAGACGGAACAUAUGAGAAUUGGCAGGUUAAUUAUUUAAAUUUGGUGGCAGUACAUUAAUUUGCAGUUCGGGAGGUCAAAAGCUUGGGUUUUUUCAUGAGACACAGUUUCCUUCUGUAAAAUUCACUACAUUUAAGUUUCGAAUAGUAUCAGAAAAUAAUGGCCAUUUAACCGAACUAAUGAUUACCGACAGUUUUUACAUCAUAAUUUGACAAUUUUUACGGGCCGAAAUUCUGCCAGGGAGACAUACCGUGCAUUGGAAUUCUAAUUUCUUGCUCGUUUACUUAAAUCCCCUCUUGUCCUCUGGUGAAAGAUUUUGCUCCAGUAAACGUGAGGUUUUUCAAAACGGCGUACCAAAAUGGUGUCUUACUUUUGAUAUCUUUUGCCGUUUUUUAGCCCUCUUUUUCUGUUGUCUUCUUCGUCCUGUCUUCUUAUUUUUCAUCAUCAGAUGCCAAAAGGGCGGGACGCCGCUGCACUGGGCAGCCAAAACGGGUUGCCUGGAGACCUGCCGUGUGAUUUAUGAAGCUAACUCCCAAAUAAUCGACGCAAAAGACUUCCGUGGGGUGAGUUCUAGUUUUUUACGGCUACUUCCUCCUGCUCACUGGUCACUGACCCCUAACCAUAUGCAAGCGAAGACAACAUUUGCGUUUGAAAACUGUGCUGCUAUGGCUUACGCGCAGUGGCCGUAAUCCCCCGGUGCUCGGACGUGCCUUCUGAUGCAGAUCUACAGUCCACCAUGCUCCCCACAACCGGCCACGCGGGUGUUGCCCCGGCCAACGUGGAAGGCCGGCUUAGGGCAUGGUAAACGCUAUUAAGGCGGCGCAUCCGUAACGGACGCCACACGUGGAGUGGGCUGACAAGCCUAGUCGCAGACGCACUCCGAGCUAACCCCCAUACCAGGCCUCCUCUCCACAUGGAUAAGCGGGUCGGACAGCCUACCUGUGUCUGGGGGAGGAAAGAGAGAGCGUGGCUGACUCUGAGCACUUCACCCUCUCGACUUUUAACGCGUAUACCCCACUUUAAGUAAUCUGGCGCGCAUUUAGACUAUCAUGGUGUCAAAAGAAGAAGAGGCGUUCACCGGAAGGCCUUUAUUGGUGGGUCGACGUUUCGAGUAGUUGCUUCGUCUACCCAUCUUCAGAGACUGGAAAGCCCUACGCACAGCUCCCCUUAUAUGGUGCACUUUGUUCAGUGCGCGACCUACCAAUGCCGCCUGUGUGGCUGCAUCCAACCCGCAUGUCACCGUGACCUGAAUCGCCCCCGUCGGCCGCGGAGAUGACUGACGGCCCCGAUUAUCCCGCGCCGUGACUGUCCCCACUAAGAAGUUUCGUAAAUUCAGAUAGGGGGAGGCAAAUUGAUGCGGCGGUGUACUAAAAGUGCUAAAAGUCAUGGCCUAGAAGGCUGUCAACUGACGGGGUACUUCGGCCCUCUCAGAGCGGGGAGUCAGACCGCGAUGGCUGCUUCUCAAUGUAUUCUCAAUGGAAUCCCUAUUCAGUUGUAAUCGGGACCGCCUCUCUCCUGCUUCCGUGAAAGCCUCGCUCGACCGUACGUGGGCCGCACGUGUGUUUUGUACGCGCAGACGAGUUGAUUAGUUUUGCCAGCCACUGUGUCCAUUCCCGUCUCCGAUCCUAUUGACUCUGUCAUGUCACCGUGUUCAGGUGGGUCAAAAAAAGAAGAGAGUGGUAGAUGCAGUGCAGGUCUAAUAGCAGUGUAGACUACUUCACGCUCACGUCCAUAGCCUUGCGCCCAGCUUGGGGCGGAGCGCACUAUGACCAUAUCAGUUGGCGACGGUCGAACUGCCCACAACGCAUCAGAACGGUGACUAUUAAUCUAACAGGUACUCAGCGAAAAUAACAGGGAACACAUUUUAAAAAAGGAAACUACUUGAUGAAAAGGGAAAAAAGGAAACGUUAGAAAUAAGCAAAGCAGAAAGGUGAAAAGAGGUCAAAAGCAGCCACGAAUGGUUCUCAGGCCACGCCAAAGCGUCUACACAAUGGACAAACGAACGGCCGCACUCGCGAGACGGUACAACUGUAUAAACUGCUCAUGUUCAAAUUCGUCAACUAAAUAGGAAACAUUAAUCGUAGGAUUCAUCACCCCAAACCAUGCAUAGCUUGGGAUGAGAUAAAUUACAUUCACCGUCAAUGAAGACGGCUAACUGGAUACGACAGUCCUAUCAGUUUACUGUACAUCAGACGUGAAAGACGAUCACAUUGAUCAGUUUUUAGGUAGACGUUGAUCUACCGCUCUACGAUAGCGUGUUCCGACAUCAGAAUUCAGGACGAAGCAGCCGACUGUACAGUCUUUGUUGAAGCAGGACGCAAAGACGACUGGUUGAGCGCAAUGCCUAGAGGGUUCGUGAAUAUGGCGGAGCAGCGAAGGAUAAAGGCCAACUAAGGCGAGGUCGGUUUGUUUCUCAGCGACCCUACAAGAGACUCGCUAUUAGUGGCGGUUCAAAUUCGUAAUUAAAAAUACAUUUCCUCACAUUUGCAACUUAAAAAUGCAUAUUCCUAUGGCGAUGCCGUCGUUGACGUUAAAAGAAUGACAAUGACAGCUAAACCUCUUACAGACAGCAAUCCCUUGUUUUCUGUGGCAGGCAAGCUCAAUUCCAAUCCCGCAAUCUGACGAUUUAUUUGAUAUCCAAUUUAUUUGAACAAAAUGAGUAGAAACUUCUAAGAUGUUAUUUAAAAGGUUAACAAGUAAAGCUUUUAUUUUCGCUUGGACCGUGGAUUCGAUCCGUAUUCAUCGCUUGUGGCUCUUUUUAACUAUUUUCUGUCCACUGGGGCUGAUAUUUUUGUAAGUUCUUUUGCAGUAAUAAUUUUUCUGUAGGCGUUGAAGAACGUCCAAAUUGGGCACCGCAUUUGGUUUUAAGGACUUUUUCACCUUUUCCUUGACUUAACAGAUGACGGCACUUCAUUACGCGGCGAAGAAGGACCACAGCGCUGUCCUGGAAUACUUCCUGCAAAAAGGGGCGAAGAUUGAACCGGACUUCAACGGCAUCUACUUUGUUACCAUGGCGCUUCGAAAACGUAAUCUGAAGGCUGCGCAGGCCAUAGCAGUCAGCGCCAGGUGAGGCAGAAUUGCAUCUUUUGACGAGGUUUGGUUCUGCAGCCCCACUUUUUUGAUACCGCAUGUUUAGUUUACUAAAACAAUUUUAGUUAAUAUACCUAACUUGGUGGAUUAGAAAAGGAAAGAGACCUUAAGCGGAGCUCGAAGCAUGUGCAGGGAAGCCAGUGAAGGUGGCGUGUACACACUCCCUCCCGGCACAGCCACUUGCUGGAUUUGGAGGAUAAGGAGGGCGCAAUCACAACUGGAAGGCCACUGGGGGGGGGGAGUACCAGGUGUUAAUUCGCAGUGUAUGGCCACUGUGAAGGAGUCGGCGGAGAUACACGCCGUCGGAGUAAUUCCACUAGCAAGUCUACUUGGACGUCCGCUGGAUUGAGAUAGUAAUGGGGACGCAAGCAGGGCUCCAAGCACUCGCAGGGAAGGGCGUGUGAACUGAUAACUGAAAUAACCAAGGCUGACAUAUGAGCCCUCCUCGACCACUGGCAGAGUCACCCGUUGGAUUAAAAUGGUUAGUAAGAUGUAAAUACGUAAUAUUUGUGAUGUCGGCGUAGUUAAAUCUACCAGAUUUCGAAAUGAAUCUUAGUUUCGAAAAGAUUAAUUAAAUAGCGUUGUAAAACCAACCAUUAUGCAGCAUAAUUCUAUAAUAAUUUAGUUACGUCAGGAUGCCGGCUUUCGAAAUUACUUCUUUUCGGCUGCAUGCAAAACUAUACUCUGUAAAAAAUGACUGCUUAUAUGGCAUGCAUCUUUCUCCUUUACUUUAGAUGCCCUCUAAAAUUCAAUUAUAUUUUAUGGAAAACAUGUAUAACAAUAUUCAUUCUUUUGCUCAUUCGGUAGAAAAUGGCGUCUUUUCAAAUUUCUACUCGAAGGAAGAGUAUGAUUCAAUUUUAAAAAAAGUUUCUAACUGUGGGAUUUUUUAAUACCGUGAGAUACCCAUUCUCGAAACGCCAUGUGGCUUGUAAAGUUAACAGUGUGGCUCAAAUACAGUGGUUUAUUUUAUGAAAACCACAUGGUCUUCUCUUAAUACCGCAGAGAAAUGUGUAGUUUACCGUACGCGGGAAAUGCACGGCUUCUGGUUUUGAAAUCAUGAAUACAAUUGUAACGGCAGAUGGGGUUCAAAGUUAUUCGGGAAUUGAAAAAGUCUUUAAAACCCAAUUAUACCCUGCCCUCGAGCAAAAAAUUGGAUGAAGACGUAAGCUUCUAUCGAAUGAGCCAAAGUAUAAAUACUUUCAUGUAUUUUUUCCAUAAAAUGUAAUUUAAAUUUCAAGGGCAUCUAAAAUAAAUGUGAAAAAUGCAUGCCACAUGCGCAGUCAUUUUUCACAGAGUAUAGUCUUGCAUGCAGCCAAAAAUAAGUUCUUUCGAAUGCCGACAUCUUGAGAUAACUUAAUUAUUACAGAAUUAUGCUUCAUGAUAAUUAGUUUUACAACCCUAUUUAAAUAAUCCUUUCAAAACGAAAACGCAUUUAGAGAUUUCGGUUGACAUUUCAUGAGUUGGUCCAUUUACUGUAAUUUCAGAGGUGAACACGAAAGUCAGUAGUGACAUGUGUCCGCCUGUGUUCAUACUAGUCCGUUAGUAUCUGAGGAAUGCAGGGCUGACGAAGAAUAAGAAAGGGCACGCGUUCGUUUACGGGGAAGUUUCACCAUACCACCCUAACCUUAAGCCCGAGGACAGUUGUAACAAGCAGUCGAUGAAGGUAGGGGCUGUUGCUUGAUACCUGAAAGUUUCCAGGAGUAAUUUUAUUUAAAAGAAACAAAACCACACGCAGUCGCAUGUUUCUCACUUCAAUAAAUAAAUAAAAAGACUCUAGCCACAAAGCAAAACUGCCACAAAAUUUUUACCAAGGGUUUAGUUCGAUAAUAUGUAUAAACAUACGCCACCCAGUUAAUGAGAGUUGUGAAAAGCGAUAUAUGCUUCUGAACCUACAUAAACGAAAAACAGCUCACGGCCAUAUAAAGCCGUACAAAGAUGAAGUUUGCAAUAAACUAUGAUAGGCACAUUUGACCUCGGCCUGUUCGCGGAAAUCCUUGUUUUCCAGAGUGUAUCUAAAGUAACUGCUCACUUUUUUAUUUACACUCGUGAAUAAAUGCCUCUUUUUGAUAAAAAGUGUGCUGAUACUUCUUAAUUAUUAACAUUAAUGUAAUAAAUGCACAAAAUAUUAAGGAGUUUCAGGAUAAUAGUUUCAAAUACAUAUAUUUGAUAUCUGAACACUAAAUUGACUGUUUUAAGCGUUAUAGUGGAGUGCAAAGUAUUCUCUGACUUCAGAUAUUCCCGGAUAAGAGCGUUUGUAACCGCCUCCCCCCACUGAAUACCGGGGUUGACUACAUAAGCAAAUGUCAAAAUUAUUAUUUUAUGCAGGAGUCAUUUUACACUACGAGAGCAACAACCCAAUCUCUCACAAACGGAGCACUGUCAACAGCUUCCUUCACCAAGCAAAAACACACUGUUCCAACUAAGAAAGCUACGGAGUAGAAUUGAAUUAUUUGUUUGAUUAGAUUCCCGGAAUGUUAACCACUAUAGAUUUCGUAUGUUGAUGCAUAAAAAGAAGAGUUAAAAGAAAAGGAACUGGGCAGUUCAAAGCAAGCGCCAAAGGAAAUACGUGGAGAACCCUCCCCUUCAUCGCAAAUGCGCCUGAACUCGUUAAAAGACACCUGAGAAAACACCAAAUGCCAGUGACGCACAGGCCGACGACUACUUUACACAGUCAGCUUGUGCACUCUAGGGUAGGGUUGGCUAUCUGCAGAAGAAGAAAGUAGUCCACAUGAUCCCACGGGAAACUUUCGAUGCCCUAUAUUGUGGCCACACUGUAAAGUCCACCUCCACACGCAUUCACGAGCGUAAGCUGUCAAGAUCCGAGACCACCUAUCUCAAAUGACCACGUACAUAUUAGAUACCGGGCAUGCUUUCGCAAGGGUCAAGAUUCGCAUCAUCGGCGUCUUCCCUACCACAACUGCCGAGAAUUUCUUAAAAUCAUGCACUCAGUUGAGUCAUGCUUUAAUCAGCAUGUUGAGUUAGAUUCCAUGCACAAAAAUCUUAAGGAAACAUGAGAAAGACAAGAACCAAACGAUACACAAUAAGGUGUGCGGUGGACACUUACCGGCAGAAUCGCCGGAAAGAUAUGGAUUUUCCGGGCGGGUUCGGAUUUUUUACUUUCUUGUGCAUUUACACGAGUUUGACAACGACAUGAGGAACUGGCCUCGAAAAUUUAGCAAUAAGGUUCUCACUUUUCCCAAAGAACCUACUAUCUUCAAAUUAUUUUUUGGGAUGCCUGCCUUCCAAUGUAUGCAUUAUCUGUAGCUGAAUAAAUUCUCCAUUCAAAUGAAAUUAUUAUACACAAUUCAGUCAGAUGAUGAUUUUAAUAGCUACCUAAAAAUAGAUUGUUGAAAUAGCCAAUUUUUUCCGAAUUUUAAUCUAAAUUAAUCCAAACAUGUUUUUUUCCGUCAGCCGCAUGCAGCCAUUCUCCUGACAUAUGACUGAGAUUCCGUAAUGCACGUAGGCGUGUGAUUUGCAAUUCAAACACCAUUUAAAACGUAGCUGUCAGAUAAGUACGGAUAAAAAGGAAGAUUUGUUUCCCGAUUUUUUCUCGCUGCAUGUUUGUGAUGAAUCUGCGAGGAAGACAGUUUCGCGCAGACCCAUAGUCCUUGCAUUCUAAACUAUUGCUAGCACCUCGAUCAAGAAAUGAGAACAGGAGUUGAGCAAGGAGCUGCAUUGCGGCGUUCUGAAGUAUUUAAAACAAUAAGUACCAAUGAUGUAGGCGUUAGUUACAAGAGUUAUGGUUACAUUUCACUGCUCCCCUGAAGCAGGCUGGUCAUGCCGUCCACCAUUUUGAAGGCAAUUUACGGCUAACUAGGAAGGAGCGGUUUCAUUCUGGUUUUCUUCCUCUUUUGCCUUCAUGCAGAUGGGACGAGAUUUUUGACAUCCUUUCACACACGGACCAGUGCCCAUUUGAGGGCUUCAUCCGUGAAGUGCCCACUCUUUGUUCGGUAAGUUUUAUCGUUUUGUUGAAUCUUGACCAUAAGUCGGUAAAAAAAUGUGAGUCGACUUCGUUGUUUAACCCCUUUACCCCCUUUGACUUCCCGGUUUCGGCCAUCAGCCAUCGUACAACUACAUAAACCGUUACUUUCCAGCAAGUCCAUGUUACGUUUUAUCGAAUUUCCUUCACAAUUCGAGGUUCAUUAAGUUGAUUUCGCGGGUUGAGUCCAUUUGUCGAUUUCCAGAGACGAACAAGGCUAGGAAGAAAUGAGGACUAGGACACGCGGAACUUUAAGAAUUGCAUCUUUCCCUGAAACUUCGUCGACUACGAUUCAGAACCGAAUUAUGACGAAAGGCUGGUCAACCCCGGCAGUUCGAUUGCACAUUAAUUUUACCGGCAGCAAUUUUUGAGUACCACUUAACCACUUCUGGGCCUUUGGCUGUAACUACGAAGCAGAACAGCGAACCCUUUCUGCAUCUUGCUGCUAGGAUCAACCGAUGAACACGAACACAAAUCUACAUCUGAAUAUUCUUUAUCACAACCGCUGGUGCGUCAGUCGAGGGUUGAUUGACAGAGCUGCUGACCCAAUGAGCAAGUAGACCUUGCGUUCAACCCUGUAGUGUAAACAAUAAUUAGGACUACAACAAUAAUAUGAGUAGGAGAAGCGUAAUUGUAAAGGAGGGUGUGUCGUUUAACCCAUACAUUGUGACAUAAAAUUAAUGAGAAAAAUGGCAUAAGCUUAGAAAGAAGAAAAGCCCUCUCCAGUGUCAGGUUGCUGUAGAAAGUGAGGGUCCUUUUAGAUAAUUCUAACAGUUCCGAGCGGGCUCUUGUUGGCAUGAUUUUUCGCUGGAUGAAUCCACGUCUAACAAGGUGUGAUUGAGCAUUAGAUCUCAGAUGCUGGUCGCGAGGGACGAAAACGGACUCAGGGACAUAACAAGGACUAAUGAACCAUCAGAAGAAAACGGCGACAAGAUCAGAACACGAGCUGUCGCAAGUCUAAACUUUAUGUGAUGUGUACAUAAGUACGCCUAAGAAAAUGCGAAGACAAAAGUGGCUUUCUAAGAGGUUGACCCGCAACUAAAUAAAAGACAGUCGUUGAAGUCUCCCUUGUACGUGAUGACGACAACUCUUUAGUACAUAAGUGAUGCCUCUAAAGUGCAUAAGCACGCACAAAUUACAAAGCAACGUAUAAGAACAGCGUCCAUCGAUCUGUCCUGACUGUAGGACGUUUCCGGGGCGCAGACACUCGCAGACACUCGACAGUCGAAUAAUUUUGUUGGCAAGGCCAGGCAUUCAAGAAAGAAGUAAGGGACACAAUCACUAAAACAAGAGAUUUGUUGACCUGAGGUUUUUGAUUUACAUUUGGAUCUAGCUCGACAAACAGAAUCAGAUAAGGGUUAUAGUGGGCCCCGAGCUCUUGUGCCAACAACCAUGCCUUCCUCGUCUUGCCUCGUGGCUUCUGUCGACAAGUCCAGGGAAUACCGGAAUUGCCAUUUUUGACCUAUUCCCUGACAUCAGAUAGUGGUUCUUGAGACCCAGGCCGCGCGACAGACGUCCGUCAACGCCCUCACCACUACAUCAACGGACUCAGGUCGUGGUGAUGGCGUUGUCCGAUGAUCAGCUGACUCGAGCAGAGCUGCUGUCAGGUGUUCAGGUCUGCUGUCCGGUUGGUGACAGUUAGCAAGCCCGAAGGGGGCAUUCUAACAUGCCUACACUGUCGGUGAUUACUACGAAAUUAUUAUUUGGUAGUCACCAUGUGACCGCCUCCGCGGACUGUAAACCCUCAUCUGCAAGGCAACGCGGUGAUGCUCGUUGUCGCACUCCAACCUGGAUGGAUAGGUGUACCCCAAUUUCAUACGACUCAAUACUACCAGUCUCGGCCGAGAUGACAUGUGCCCUUUCGUGAAAUGAUGAGAGCUCUUCGCGGAGUUCGGUGUGUAGACUGAUUGCAGGAUGGGAGGCAAUCGGCAUCACUACCUUCCUAUGUAGUUCCAAAUUCAGACACGGGUUCAGCUGGUUCUUGAGCUCUUGCCACUCCAACUACGGGGCACUCACUCUGUCGACAACGAUCGUUAGGUUGCGGUAUCACAUGGUAGCGAUGUUCAGUUGGACGAAAAUGUCAUUUGCCCAAAGUGUUGGACACACAUGCAGAUUCCUCAGCUAGAAUUAGGGGGUGCACAAGCGGUCGCGUAUCGUGAUUUUCAGAAAUAGUGCUUCGACUGUUUCACCGUCCACACCCCAGUCAACGGAACAGCGCCACACUUUCAGGUUCCACAAACCCGAAAUUCAUGCACAGAUUGAUACCUGAGUCAUGUUUACCUAGUCCGCAAUCAGUUCAAAAUCGCAUUAGCCUCCCCUCUUCAUUUUCAAUACUUAGGGCUUGCUUGGGUAGAGUGAUUAACUCCAAAGAUGGGCCAAAUUUUUGAAUCACUGUAUCGCACCAAAUCAGCACUCAUGAUAGACAUUGCGACACACGACAGUUCGGCCGUCGACUCCAAACAUGCCCACUGUGAGCCCCACUAUAUGGUGAUAACAGGCCCUGGGAUUCGCAUGUGAAUUAGUUUGUGGUAAUGGUGUAAAGAGAGAGCCAUCGGACACAGCGCAAGCCUUCUAUCACCCCAACGAACUAAUGCGCAAGUCACCGUCCCUGUUCUCAACGUGAUGUGCAAUACGCGAUGGACAUCAUUGGAAACGAUGGUCGAACUGCCCUGUCUCUCUAGGCAUCUGAAAAUCCGGUCAAUAAAAUAUGUCCAUAGUGAACUCAGUGAGCCUGCACCCGCUGCUGAUCUUCGUACUAGGGAUUUUACUUGCUUAGAUACACCAUGGUCCAGCAGAUAACUACAGUCAUGAUAUAUUUAAAGUACACACACUUAUUUCCCAUACUUGAACUCUAUCUUCGAUCUGUUCUUGAAUCCUGCGCAGACUGUCAUGGAUCGAUACGUUGCACAGUCGGGACUUCCGAAUACACCAUCAUACGAGGUUAGUCGUUUAGAGAAUAAACAUCAAAGACGUUGCACAGCAUCAAACGUUUACAUGAAAUAUCUGUACACUUAAAAAUCCAGCGUUUUUUCAGUGUAAAGUUGGUUGUGUAGUCAACUAAGGGUCAUGAAACUGCAAAUUCUUUCAACCUUAAGGCUUUUCUGUCAUCAAAACUAGACAAUUUACACGGAGCGCCCUGUGGUAUUUUGGAUAUUUGCUGAACUAAAUGUAACUGGACCUAAAUGAUAGCUGUCACGCUGUGUAUGUUAAUUUGUUUGCUUCAAUUUUUAAGGCAAGGAUGAAGACGAAUGCACACCUUCCCACUGAAUUCUGGUGAUAAUGCCAAAAGCAGUGCCCAGAGCGAGAAUUGAAUAAUUUAAGGCAACUUAUGCAGCCUCGCGGUGAACGAAAAUAUUUGCCGACACGACUGUUUAUCCUUGGCAAAUCUGAAUUUUUACUCGAGACCGACUCUGCAAGUAGAGGAUCACCGAAAUCGCUCUAGGCAUCGUUUAUGUUAAGAAAAAUAUCUCAAGAUCAGGAGCCGUUCCCAUUUCAGACACUGUUACGGUACGGAAAGCCGCAAUAAUUUUCAGCAGCUGAGGGUCAAUUGGAUUCACUAGUGUAGGUUUGUGUUCCAUUACAGAGGGAGACAUACUUUGAGGAGUUUGACCUUUGCACGAAUCUGUCCUUUAAGUUGGAGCUCCAAUCUGCUUCUAAGACGAUAACGUAGGAUAGCAUUUCGGACGCGAAAGUGUGAUAAGAAUUCAGCCGUAAUUAUGGUUUGAUAUGAGGUCUUUCAGCCGGGUUGACAUAGGGUACGUAGAAGUGUCUGCUACAAACAGAGAACCGUGUCGCUGUACCUGUCCUCGCCCGAAUGAGUGGCUGAUGUUAGGAAAUGCUUUCCAGCUCCCAGAUGAUCACGCUGAGGGUUUGAUCAGCGUUCGUCUGAUGCCAAAUAUUAAUCCGAUUCUCCAGGACAGAAAUCAAGCACGUGUUUUUGCGGGACCCUGACUGGUCAGAUGUUUCCCCUCCAGUGAAAACCGCCAGACUGUGGGCGAACGUUCCAUUCUGUUCUUAAAAGCAGAACGCUCGGCUUGUCUGUUCAUGCGACAAAGCCCCGUCUGCAUAAGUUGAUACUACCUUUAAUCUACCGAAGCAGAAUAUUCUUCUUGAGUUGAUGAUCGAAGAGCGGUUUGAAUUCCUUUUUUCGCUUGGAUACGAGGGGGGAAAAGUGAAGCAGUGGGGAUACCUCCCGACUUCAAACGGGCUGAGGAGAGUUGCUGGGCGCGCCACCAGACUCAUUCAGCCGACACGGUAGAAGAAUUUGGCAAGCACAAGUACGCAUAAGUAUUUGUGCAAUAGGAACGGAUGGGAACUUUGUGAUUAAUGUCACAAGAAUGGAUGAAUUACCUCAGGGAGGUGAUCCAGCUGAAUGGGCAGGUGGCGCCAACAUGCCCGCUUAACAACAGGCGGCAACUGCAGCGCCGUGGGCAGCUGCAGGGGGGGGGAGGCGUGGAAGAUGCCGACGCAGAGAGCGAACGAGAUGAGAGUUGAGGCUUAUCUUGCGACAAGGGAGUCGGCGCUCACGCGGGGGAAGGGCGUUGGCUAUUUUCACCGACACGCGGUCACAUGAGCUCCAUCAUGGGUCCGCACUAAAAAUAUUCACCUCAUUCGAACAACCCAGUCCAACUCGUGCGGCGUUACGUAGUCCCCGUCUGGAGGAGGAGAAAUAUGCGCUCCUCUUCAUUCCAUCGCUGUCCAUCUUGUGCGAGGUUGGUGAUGUCACGGUAUCACUCUUGUUAGGGGAUUAUUUCCGCCUCUUCAUGAUUUGCGAUGUACGGUGGAUGUGCUGGCUCAUGAAAUGUUGACCGAAAUUCUGAAAUGCGUUUUCGGCUCCAGAAUAUUACCUAAGUGGGGUUGUAAUACUAACUACCGUGCAGCUAAAUCCCGAGUUAUUUUAGUUAUUUCGGGAUGCCGACUUUGCAAUGGACUUCUUUUUGACCGCCUGCAAAAACUACACUGUUUAAGAAAUAACUAUUCAUACCUUGUGAUUUUUUCAUAGAUUUUCGACGUCCUGAGGAAUUUAAAUAUACUUCACAGAGAACAUGCAUGACAAUAUCAAUUCUUCUACUUAGUUGGUGGAAAAUUCAUCCUCUUUAAAUUCUGUACAUGAAGGAAUGGUAUGUACUGAUUGUCUGUCGCAAGACUACUCAUGGAAGUGUUUAUCGUGACACAGAUCCCAGAGGUUGACCGGACCUUCAACAAUUACUCUGGCUUGAAUUUCUUGAAAAGUCGUCGUUCGUCGUCUAUGGCAAAAAUGAGUCUUUCGGUCCAGCAUGGCUUCUCAAGAGAGGCCUCCUCUUCCCGGACUGAUCUCCCUUUUCGUCAAACAUAUUACCAAGACAGAAAUUAAUUAGUCAUGUCAACGGGCAGUCAGUUUUACCCCAUUCGCUCAUACAUUAGUAGGCAAUUGAUUUGUUGUAGCCUUUCUCUAGAACGAGACAAUUGCCAUGCAGCGAUAAUAUUAUCUUUAACUUUGGUCCUGUUUCAUACUGAAAGGUCAGCUAUGACUUUAAAUUGCUUCAACCAAAAGCGGAUGCCCCCGAUCAGGCUCUUCGGUCGCCACUGAGGAAACUGCUGGUGAGUCUCCACAAAUUUUGCAAUUUACCGACAUCCCGCCUCCGAAGAACAGGAAUGUAAAGCUCAUUGCUGUUUAUUUAAGACUGAAUGCACAUUUAUUUUUUUAUACUCAAAACCUUGAAAACACACAGAAAAGGGUGGCUUAUAGAUCCUCUAAUUAUUAUGGGCACUGAUUAUUGCAUAUAGAAUGAUUUACGUGUCGCUCAGUUAGCUAUCCAGCUAAUGUACAGACAUGCGUAUUCAGUUUUAAGAAUACACGAGUCGUCUAUAAAGUAUAAAAUCCCCUGGACAGAGAGGGAAGGUUGUCUACGAACGGAAGGGAAUAUGCGCAUUCCAGGUUCAUGUCUAAAAGAAAACGAAGGCACGAUCAAUGGAACGGUGGAUUUAUUGGCCUAGCUUUCGAACUCGAACAGCAGUUCAUCAUCAGAGACUGCUAGAGUGCAGCAAUGUGUGAACAUUUAUAUCGUUGUGCCAUGAGGAGGGGGACUACGUCCGUGGCUAGGUCUGGCUUGUACCACCUGGCCCACAGUGGUCCCCCGGCGUGGUGACGCCGUUUGUACUUCGCAGCGAUGUAAGCUGCGCCACCUCGUUGCGUGGGCGGAGUGCGUGAUAGCACGCAGGUAAAUCGAUGUAUCUAUUGAUAGAGGUGGUGUCCGACACACACGCCUCCAGCAGUUCUCGCCCUGUCUUGUUGCCGGCUCGCGCCAACGUCCGCGUGUUGAUGAAGUCGAACUCAUGAUGUUCCUCCAGCGUGUGAGUGGCGAUUUGAGAUAGUGGGUCGCCUCUCCGAACGGCCCGUUUGUGCUUAAGUAUUCGUGAGCUGCGACAUCGUCCUGCUUGACCUGUGUAAUGGCAAGGACAGUUAUGGCAAGUGAUUGGAUAGACUACGCCCGACUGCUCAUUGGCUUCCAGCCGAUCCUUCAUUUUCAUGAUCCUGCUACGCAUGAUAGCCGCCGGAUGAUGAGCGAUACCCAAGCCUAACUCUGACGCAAUGUGUUCUGUGGCCCCCGACACAUUCUUUAUGUACGGUAGGGAAUGCAAAAUUGUUGGUGUCUCUCUUUUCCGUUUGUCCAUCGUGGGUGCGUGCGUAUGUAGCGACUGAUGAAAAUAUUUGCGCAGUUGGAUGGUUGUCUCUUGAAAGCGUUGGGCUCUGUAUGAGAUGGCGGAAAGGGGAGUAGGAUCCGAGUACGCAAUGUGAUCGGAGGACACCGUGGACGACAGUUGGUAUCCAUGGAGCCUUAAGCAUCUGAGAAUGGAGAGGCUGAAGAGGACAGGAAAUUUACACGUAGGGUGACCGUAGAAGUAGGAAGUGAGUUGCUUAUACAAAGGAUAAGGUGUUCUGCCUUUAAAUCGGGUUGUAGUCACUUUUUCUGUCGUUAUAAUACGUCGUCUCCGUCACGAUCAUUGGAGAUUUGGUGCCUCACAGAUCAUCAAACCGGCCUGAGCAGCGUCCACUCCGUGGUCAGAGGAUGGUCUUUCAAGUCCCUUUCUCUCAACUCAGUCAGAAGGUGCUUCAUAACUCUUUUUUAAAAAGCCACCCAGUCUUCUGACCGAUGUAAUCGGCCCCACGGGUGUGGGCGAUGAAUUACUAGGAACGGCCUUCCACCUUCCUCCUUCAUAAUGAACGAUUAUCUAUUCUUAGAUCACUCACCUGAAUUUCAGUUACGACAAUUUCGGCCUAAAAAAUUUAAUUCGUCUUCUGAGAAUGCAAGGUCUGCUGUUUAUUUCGGAAAGUAUGCAUGAAAAAAUACCAUAACUUGGGAGGCCACAAGUCAGUGGUAGGCCUAGGACAGAAAACCAGUCGAAAUUUGAAGUCAGACAUUUUGGCUCGUAUCCGUUGAUUUAAACAUGCUAUACCGUAAAGUGUACGACAUUUUGGGAACGAAGCCACAUAAAGUUUCUCAUAUGAUUUGGUUAGUUUAAAUUUAAGGCUAGAAUAGCUGUGAGGCUGGGCUUGGAAUUUUGUCGAGAUGAGAACACCACACUAAACGGCCUGCUACACAUGGACUUUGGAAACAGCUUGUCCCUUCAAAAAGCAGCAAAUAAUGUCUUUUAUUUCUUCUAUGGGGCUUCCUUAACUACAUUGACUACUUAACGCUCCAUCCUCCUAGUCAAAUACAAUCAGAAACUUUGAGUUCUAGACUUAAUGAUGAUAAGAAAAUAGCAUGAAACCAAUAAGUGAAGCCUUACGCUACUUUCCUGCCUCUCGGUGCCUGGAUGUUAAAAUGUUCAAUAAAACCACCGGUCAGAGAACCUCACCAAGUUAUUUACACGUAAAUAUUUUGCCCUCCAUCCUGCGUGUUACAAAGUCGUCCGUGUCUUGCCAUGCCUGGAUUAAAUGUGCUACUAACACUGGUUUUAAGAGCACCGCUACUACUGUUUCUACUACUGCCAAUAAAAUACGCAUGCUUCUCUUUCUAGCUGAUGAUAGAGUUUGGAAGAAACGAACUUAUAAUUCAUCCCCUGUGCUCGGCCCUACUUCGAUGCAAGUGGUACGUGAUAGAACACUCGAACGUUUUCUUUCUUUGAUGCUUUCUAGUAAGAACUUCCUUUUUGCUGUCUCGACAAAUUUCUGUCAUUUGCAUAGAUUUAAAUACAUAGGUUGAUGAUUGUAAACCAUCAAUCACCUGUUGCAGCCCCGACUGAUCUGUUUGAGUAGUUUUGGGCGCACUCUAUCCUUCGCGGUCAUGGAGGGUUCUUCUGCAGAUUCAGAUACUCAACCUCACCUCAAACGCAAAUUGCGACCCUUCUGGCUUGCGGACGGCCACGAGGGUGUACAAACGUGCGCAGAAAAUUUUUGAUAUUAAUUCACUUUUGCCUCUAUAUGGUGUUCUCAUUUAUUGAAUCUAGAGGAGGUAAGAAGUAUCUCAAAUCUUUUAAAUCAUCUAUUCUGGUGCUCCAGCAUCAGAGGUGCCGUGGGGAUCGCCGUACGUGUCAAGCUCGCUUCUCAAGCCCUCUGAAGUCCAGGUUACUUUUAUUAAGUGGACGCUAGCGAGCGAAUUUGGACUCCCUAUGGGAUGCAAUAAUGUCGAUAGGACACUGAUACACUGCAACACUUUAAAUUUUUCCAAGAAAAGACUGCAAAAUUCAGUCUGAGCCUCUAAGUCUUAAACAGACUGGUGUGCUCCAAGUUAGCGACUAAUUUCCGAGAAAAUCUAGAAACCACAAUUUUUAAACUGGAGUGUCGACCAAAAAGCACACAGGGGACCCAUGGGGAUCCAUCGAUGAGCCGAACUCCUCGUAGGUAUGUCACGUAGCGGCAGAAUAUCGGCAAAAUACGCGCCUGGGCUUCAGCUGGUACCUGUGCUGUCAAAUACGGUAUAGUAUUCAACCUCAUUUUAUAGUGCUGGCUACCUCUUGGCAGUUUAUGAAUGGUGGAUCUUGACUCGAAUAUUCAUAUUAAAACUCACUUCGUUCUUAUUAGUCUCAAAUAAACGGAUUAAGACCAAAGUAGCGAUAAAUUUCUGGAGAGAUUUAAAGUCUGCAAAUCAACUUGUCCUCUUACAUACCUGAUAAAUGGUCAUCUAGUCCGCACUAUCGUACUGGAUGACAAUUAUGCUGUAUAGAUUGCAAGUAGAGGGAGCACGUUUGUGGGUAGCUGACAUCCUGAAAGGUUGCCUAAGCAUCUUAAAGUUAUGAUAAGCACAUACUGUUUUCAAACGGAAAGACUCAGGCCUUUGUGGAAAAAUUUUUAAUAGGAAGUGCGUUUCUGCAUAAUAAACGCAAAAUGGCCCAUUUUAAUUGCCGGUUUUUGGUCUGAUUAAUGGGGAAAUACGAGCUACUUAAACAAUAAGUAUUUGUACAAUUUAGCUUAAUUAAUUUGGCUGCAUUGUAAAAAAAGCACGAUCACGACUGGAUAAAGUCCAUGACAACCACUGCAUGCCUUGUGAACAGUCACCGAGGCUGCAGAUUUUUCUAAAAUUGGGUCAGACGGUGAAGUUUGCGCAAUUUUCAAAGGUGGCAAUGAGUAUGCCUAUGCAAAAGCCGGAAAAUCUACCGCAUAGGAAACAGGUUACGACAAGGCUCUGGAAGAGAUAUUGACCAUCCACCAUGUUAUAUUUGAAGGCAUUUUUAUAAAUCAACUCAAUGCCUCACUAUCUACAAUUCACAUUUUACUACAUUAUUGUUAAUUUUUAGUCGAUAGUCGACCCUAGGCAAAACAGGACUUCUAUGCUCCGUCUAGUAUCGACAUAAUAUCACUGACCGGCGAUCUCCUAUUAAUUUAAGUACAUCUAAACCGAGUUGCCAAAUAGUGAGCGUACAGCUGACGACGUUAGAAUGCCCGAAAAGAGCGCAGUGAGCCAAUCAAUGCUUUAGAGAGCAGUGGAUCAGGCCAAUCUUUUAGUAGAUUAUGGAGUCACGGGGAUAUUCAAUGACGUAAAGCAUGGACUAGGUAUCCAAAUAGUGGUCAGUUUGACUUAGGUGACUCAGAAUUGUAGCCGCCAAUCUCCCCGAGGCUGCGUUUGUUGCACUGAUGACUGAAGGCGGGAAAUUAAAUGAAAGUAGUCACUCCUGUCUCUUUUGUCCGAUAGUGCCAUCACCACCCAGCUGCUGCAACUUGGCGACGACGCUGGGUCGUUUAUUUCCAAGGAUCUUCCUAAAAGCGCCUUAUGAUUCCCUGCGUUUUCUAUGAUUCACCAAAAUGGAUGACGUCAUGAGUCCAACUUGAAAGGGAGCCAAUCUCUUGCCUAAUUUCGGGGGUAAAGUCUAUAUGAUGUCAGUUGCAGGACUAGCCACUGCGUCCUACUACAGCACCUGUCGGCUUACUCUACUCUCUUCAUUGGCAAAGGUGUGUGGAUGAAUAAGGAAGGUCAAUGCUGUGCAGUUAAACCAUCGCUGCACCUCGCCAUUCGAGGCCUGCAUGGGUUCCAGCUGAUGGGCAAGCUGGAAAUGAGAUCUCAACCCCUUCUGCACAAUAUCCAGGUCACACAUUGCGGGUUCAUUUGGGUUGAAAACACGGCGCUUGUGCGAUUAUCUACCGCAUCCGCUCCGGUCUCCAGUCGUCCUGACAGAAUAUGGCCAAUGGGUUAGAAGAUUUUCCCUCGGCAGGGGAAUAAGUCACGUGGGGAGGGCGCGGGCGAGCAAUUAUCACGGUGACAGUGAGUCAAUUUGCCGAGCAAUCGUCACACCAGCAUCCAGCACGGAUGACGAAAUCACGGUAAUUAACGACUCGGACUCGGACUUACAAGCCACCACUUCAUCAAUUACGACCCCAGCGGUGAUUGCGAGAGAUAUUAAUUACAGUGUAGCAUAUGAUCCCACGACAGCCACGUGUUAUAAAUACUUCACUCCCUGUGCCACCAUCACCUUUAUCUGCGAAUGUCUCUGAUGACGGAUUCGAGUGAGGAUCCGAAACGUCAGGCCAAUAAAAGUCUUGUUCCAGUGAUCGCAUAUUCGUCUUCUGAACUGCUACCUGGAACUCGCCUGUUCGCUUCUAUUACCAAUGGGUUAGGUUGGACAUAGGUUGAGAAUGUGAGGCUUAUGUUCUCUGAUUCUCACCCCACAGUCGGGCCGUCAUUUUUAACCACUUCCACCCUGUGCGCCAUAGCAGGAGGGGGCACAGUGACGGUGCCUUGCACAAUAAUUAGUUUAAUGUGGUGGUAGACUAGCGCGGCAUCUACUACACUCCCUCCCCUUCUCACACGUGAAAGCAGUGUCAGGACAGUAAGGGAGACCGGGGGCGGAAGAGACAACAGGUGGCGGGCGCGACACGAACCAAUACCCAGGCGUGCCACCACAGGCCCUGGUCUACGCAUAAAGCACCAGGGUUUCACACAACAAGUGAGGGAGGACCGCCAGAAACUCAACUGAGUGGAAGGGCUGUAAAGACCGCAUUAGGAAGAACACACUGCAGCCACACCAUUCAUCAUGAAAGGAGGACCGAGUCGUCCCGUCGGUUGGUACCAUUUCAAGUUGCCGCUUCCGGCGUGUAGUGAAGUAUUCCAGCGUGCCAGAUCGUUUAUAAUGAGAAAUCAUGCGCUGACAGUCAACUUUUCCCUCUCUCCCCUCUCCUCCGUUUCCCUUGCACCAAUCGAUUGUCCGCGCCGAUCAGCCACCUGAUGUCGAUAUAGUGCGCGGCGGCUGACAGAGCUAGAGAAAUUGUCUGCGCGUGCGACACACGCCCUGGUCCCCCACGAGUUCGCACAAUGGAGUAAACUUCUCGUAUUUCGCACGUGUUACAGUGGCAGGAGAGCCAAAUAUAGGCGUUAAAAAGCACGAUUCUCACUUGCGUGUGAGGUGUCGAUCCCGUGCUUUUGAUGAGUGAUGCAGGACAGGUCCAUAUGCGGUGUGUGUGCUGGUGGAGCCUAACCCGUGUUGUUUUACGGCAGGUUUUCUUGUAUGCCUAUGUAGCCAAGGAGGCCCAUGUGAUGAGUGUAUGUGCGUAAGAGGUGUGGGCAGUUGAGGCGGGUGUGGCGUGUGCAUGGUGGUAUUCCACGCUCCCACAAUAAUCAGUAUAACACGCUCAAAUUAUCAUCCCCUUUUAGACAACCUCGACUCCCACCGGCUUCAGAGGACAAACUAUAAUAGUCUCCUGUGUCAUUUUUCCUGUCUUACGCUGCCUCAGGCAUCUUUCGCCGUCUGCCCUCUGUUGUUAUUCCUCGACUGCUGAGCAUCAGCAUUUCAAUUGCGUCUCUUGUCGUUUUGAGUUGUGUUUAAAGGCAAGCUCUUCCGUUUUCUUGCUUCCAACAGGCGCCAUUAUGGAAUCUGGCUGCAUUGUUUCAGCACGGCCUUUUAUAUCCUCUUCCUAAUCUGCCUCUCCUUCAUGGUCCUGGAUCACGAACCGCUGCGACACAUCGAUUCGGGCGAAACUACUGUCGAUUGCUAUGAGCUUGUACGUUUUUUAACACUGUGCUCUGUGAAUGAGUCCGAAUUCGAUAUAAUUGCUUUUAUCUUCUUUUUUCAAGGUCUACGGUUCAGCGGACAAGUUGUCAUUGCAUUCCGCGUGUGGCAUCAUUGUUGGUGUUAUUGCAGGCAUUUACCUUCUAAAGGAGGUUCUGUUCAUCUUUAAGGAAGUAAGGAGCUGUCAGUAUUUUCCUUGACAUUUUGCCUGUCAUGCAAAUCCGAAAUUAACAAACUACUCAGCUACCACCAGUAGACACGAUUUAACGUAAAAGAAACGUCCAAUGAAUAUCCCUUUUCAGACAGUCAUUACGUUCAUUGGAAGACACUUCCGAAUACAGAAAGUAUAUCCUGCAGAAUAAACCUGUCCGUGAUAGUAACGCAUGCUGGACAACAUAUACUCACUUACCGAUAGAAGCGAAGGGGUGGCUUCCAGAAAGCAGUCCAGGAGAGGAUGCAAUCACUGGCCUGACGGUUUGGAUUCUCACUCAAAUCCAUCAUUUAAAACACCCGACUGCAACCGUCGAUCCGCGACUGUCUUUGAUGAUGGGCUUGAGUGAAAAUCUGGAACGCCAGGGCAAUAAACUUCAUGUUCCGGUGAUCGCAGCUUUUCCUCUUGAUACACUCACAUUCCAAGAAUUCUGACUGCGUAUUCUUCACGAAACAAAAAUUGUAGGUGCACUUUAAUGAAAAGUCUGAAGAUCGAAAUCACAGAAGCGUAAUCUUGAGGCCUUAGUAACUGACUGGGUAACUGUAGGCUGCCACCCAAAAAUUUAAAAAUGAGAUAUCGCUGAGCUAAUAACGCCAUUGGGGCUCAAGUAGCGACUGACUGAUAAUUUUUGGCAAUGGGACCUCAAGGCAAACUGCACUUAAACGGCAAUUAUGAGUCACCAAUCGUUUCACAUCGGCGUAUCUUAGCGUGAAAUAAGUUUCAAACUUCUUCCGAUACCUCGGUCGUGGCUCUAGGUAAAAUCUACCGUCAAGCGUUUCAGUAGUGCCGCCUUUUGCAAUGACCCUUCAGGGUUUUUCAGACGAAUAAAGAAUUACGUGAACACGAUCCGGUAGGCUGCUUGAUAUUAGCAGAUUUAUUAUUCUUCAAGGUCAGUUCUGCAUUAUGUUUCGGUCGAAAUGAUUUUGUUGUCUUUUGGUCAUACAGGGUUUCCAAUUUUACAAAAGUGGCCUUGCGAUCUACGCGCUUGCUGUAUAUUCUGUCGCAAUUGGCUUCGCUGGGCUAAACUCCAUGCGGCAGGUGAACCAUCAAUUUGUUGAGUUGAGCGCAAUUGCUGCCUUCUUGGCAUGGAGCUACUUCGUAAUUCACCUCAUGCGGUAGGUUGAGAUUUCUAUUGCCUACUUAUUGUAAAAAUGACCACAUUCGAUGCUUUGUCGGUAACAACAUUCGGCACACAGUAUGCGGUACUCUUCAGUUGCUGGUUGGGCUUAAGAGAGAGCCAGUACGUAGGGCACAACGGGACGAAUGAGUUCUGUAAAAAACAAUAGGUGGACGCCGCUUUACCAUUGUACAUCCUCGAUCUAAACCAGCAGGACAACGAGCCCGUGGCUCAGUGGUUAGAGGCACUGGCUUCUAACUAACAGGUCACAGAAUCGCUUCCCAGGUGUUCCACACUUCAGGGUUGGGCAUGAAUGGCUGAUGACGUUUAAUAUACCAGAAAUGGCCAUUCAAGUCUCCCUUGUCUUUGUCAGUACUAGCGUUCUGCCGAAUUCAUUCUGUCCAUAUUAAUAAAUCAUUAGCAGGCGGGACACUUUGUGGAAAAUUAGGUGCGUUCGCGAGUGUAUAAGGUGCGAACACUGGUAUUUAUUUGGUAGGCAGCAAAAUUAUGAGAUUUAAUAAAUAAAGUAUAAAAUAUUCGUUUAAUCCACUUCAAGGCAUCCGCGAUUAUAAUCGAAUAAUAUUCGCCUUUUUCAAAACAAUCAAACAUUAACCAGAAAAGAAGAUGGUACUUUUUUCUGGUGUUUGCAUACUUAUUAAGCGUACUUUCUAUACGGCCCAUACUUAUGCUUUUACGGAGUAUAGAGUAAGUGGCGAAAAUGAAUUUUAAUAGCCGACUAUAAACGGAAAACUGUUCCCGGCAAAGAACGUGUAAACGCAAGGGACGGGCAUCUACCGCAACCAUAUUCUUGCCUUUACCCAGCCUGAUAAUAGAUCAGUAGGCGUCAUAUUAACAUGUUGGGAUAAAUUUGGCCGCCUUCAUAUACAUAAUCAGGUCCCAUCAAAUCUCUGUGCAAAUAAAUACACUGGUUUUAACAAGCGGAAUAAAGCACAUUCAAAUUCACCUACCUUCGAAAACCCUAAGCGAUUAAAAUCACUUUGGAGUCAUGAAACUUUGAAAAUUCUGAGAAAUCUUUGCUGCAAAAAGAUCACACAAUAUUGUGAGCUCGCGGGUUGUUCAGUGCAGACAUGUAAAACGGACUCAGGCACAGAGCACGCAGUUAAUCCACUGUGGAAAAUAUAUUGGGCUCCACCUGCUUCGGUACGUGAAGUCAAAUUUCAGACGUUAAUUACAGCGUUUCCGCCAACUUCACCGUUCCUAGCCCACUGAAUCAUUUUGAAAUCAUUAGUGAGUUUGACUGAUCUCGUGGUUCAUCUCCCAGAUCAUGCAGUACUCGCGGGAUCAUUUUGAAAUAUUUCGCGCAAACAAUACCGAUAAGCAUUGAAAAUCACCUGAAGUUAACUUAUACGCUGUUUUAUGCUGUUUUUUGCUGCUGACUUUUAUCCGCAUUUACUUAAUUUUCGAUAAAUGAUCCUCCAUAAAUGUAGUUCUAGACCUGUGUUACAGAAAUUUAGGAUUUCCCUCAAGUCAGCACCUUUUUGGAAGCAGGUUGAUCACCAUGGUUAACAUCGGACAUAAACUAAAUUUUCAAGUUCGGCUAAACCUGUUCAUUAAAACUCUCGCGGGUAAAUUACUAUCCUUUCAAUUAAAACGUCGGUCAGAUGCGUAACCGGAGUCUAGGACAUGUAUUAGCAUAGGAAAUUGCACGAAUAUAUUCUGACGUCCAUUUUCGCUAAAAUUUACUGAUAUUUUACUUGAUAUAGUUACGUAACCACAAUUUCUGCCCAAGAAGAGGGCAUUUCAUUGAAAGAUCUGGAUGAGCGAACGAAAUGCUAAACGUUAAAGGCGUCCAGAAAUUCUCUCAUCAAUUUCCGUUACCAAAUUCCAUGAGAUAGAACACACAUUGUAUUUUCUUAACUCUAAGAGCACUUAACCGGAAGUCGAAAACAGCUGAGUCUAGCGCCGUGCGUUCGGGAUAGGCCGUGAUUGGUUGUCAAACUCGACCUCUCGGCACUGUGGAUUUGGUGUGCAUAGAAGGAGGAGGAGGAGGAGGAGGAGGAGGAGGAGGAGGAGUAGGGUAGGAGUUGGCCCACAGAAUCCUUGGGAGGGGAUCCAAUCAGAAACAGUUGACGCAAAACUGUCGGUGACCACUUAAUAAGAAAUUUAAUUCGCGAGACCCAUUGUUAUGACGAUGGUACCGCGUAGCUGAGAAUCUAAGUACAACCACCGUGUUGGGCUUCAAAGCCCAUACAGUUUUAUUCAAGAAGCACACAGUCAAUGACUGAUGAGACUUCAGGAUAAUUUCCUUUGUUUUAGUUUUGACGCUGUUGGCAUCUUCGUCGUUAUGUUCUUCCAAGUGGCAAAAACGCUUGGAAAGAGUGCCAUCGUCGUCAUUCUGGUGAUGAUCUCCUGUGCAGUGCCCUUCUACGUCCUUUUCAGAAUACCCGAACCAGAGGUAAGUCUACACGAGAAAGAAAUAAUGCGACGGAACAGCUUGUAAACCACUCCACAGACACCCUUCGACAAGCGGCAAAUGACAGUCGGACUAGAAAAGUUCAUCAUACUAACUUCUCGUUCAGACAUUCGGGCCAAUUGACCAGGUUAUUAAAUUCUCACGGCCUUCAUACGGGGCCGACGCUAACCGGUAUCUCCACGGCACGUGACAGCGCUAGCCACAAACUCCCCUUUAAAUAAAAAGUUCUGACAGCAGAACCAAUUCAGUUGACUGGCCUUUUGUCCUGUUUUUCAUACCAAGACCCUCGCUACUCGCUCUUACGUUUGUCUGGCCUGCUCUGGAUUUAAGAUUGGCCUCGAAACAUAGCUGAAUAUUUUAUGAUUUUCAUUUUAUCAGUCGGCUGAACACAGGGAUAGAUUUUUGCAUGUAUAUUUUUUAGGAGCUUAAAAAUGAUAUAUUCCUUAAGGUUAUAUAUCGAACUAAAGAAUAUUUAGGCAUUCGCAAAUGUUUUUGCAGAUUUUGAAUAAUUCAUAUUGGCCCAACUGUGGAAAACUUGACCCAGAUAUGAUUAAACUCUCGUCAUCCGGCGAGGCUUCGUAGCUCAGGUGGUUAGAGUGUUGGUUGCGCCAAAGCCUUCCCCUUACUGCGUGGGUUCGAACCCCACCGAGAUACCGCGUUUUUCACAGUUGGGCCAAUAUGGAUUAUUUAGGCAUUUAUUUUCAUUCUGAAGGUCGUUUGGGUCACAUAAAACAUGAAAUCUCAUCGUCAAGUAAAAUAAAUAUCCUCAACAAAAGCCAACAACGAAUGUGCUUUCGAGCAUUUAGAAAACAUCCUCUAAUAAAUUGCCUUUGAACAGUGUUUUAAUACUGACCUCCCCUAACAGAAGCCUGUGUACUUUACAUUUUUUUGUGGGCAAGUCAAAAAGGAAUAUAACACCAGGCCUUUUCUUUCACGGUGCUAAAAUAUGCAGAUAUUUUUCCUCCGCGAACGCAAGAGCAUGCCCCUCGAUAGAUAUUGCGUCCAUUUCCGCUAUCUUUGUUGACUUGUAGGCUUCGUUCUACAAUUAUGAAUGUACGACAGAUUGGCAAUGUGAAUACGGCUAUUUUGUUGAAACUGUAAAUGUUUAGCUCGUUUCAUUUCUAAAUUACGUACACGUCAAAAGAAAACCGCACAAAAAGCAAAGCUUUAUAGCUGGAGAAUUUUGUCCCGGUACGAAUCUGAAGCAAGCAAGCAAAGCAGGAUUUAUCAGCACCGAAAACAUCCGCGACGGCUUGUCAACUACGUCCUGUUGCUUCAUACUAUAAAUAACAAGCGGGAAGAAUACAACAGAUUUGAAUUCCUGUAGAAAAUCAAUGCAGAAGAAAGAUUAAGGUUUUGGGCAUUGCCGGGUAAACGAUAAAAUUAGUAACUCUAACGCAGUAUGGGAAGAACAGUCAAAAAAGCGUGAACAAACACAAAGAAAGGGUAAGUGAAUGUCACGGAGCUAAAUGAUACCAUGAAAAGGUUAGGCUAGCCAUAUAUUCUUACUGAAUUUACCAGUGUAGCUUUUACAGUUGUUGAUGUAACUCAAAUCCACUGCCAGAUCUUAUGAAAUAUAAAUGGUCUCCUCGUUAUACCAUAGAGAAUUGUAUGGAUUUCUGUACAGGAGAGAUAUACGGCUUGUGGUUUUUAAACCCUGAAUGCAAGUUUAGUGGCAGGUUGGGUUAAAAAUUAUUCGAGAAUUGAAGAAAUCGAUAAAAGUUAGGUUUUACAUUACAGGCGAGUGAACGUUCCUUUCGGUUAUUUCUCAUCAGGCCAAUACAGUCACAUAGGGCGGGGUACAGUGAGUGAAACAAAAAUGUCUAAAAACCGAAGUUUACACUUUUGAGUAUGAAAUAGAAGGAAAACGUCAUUUUCUACCAAAUGAGCAAAAGAAUGAAUAUUUUUCUGCAUGCGUUCCAUGAAAUUUAAUUGAAUUCUUAAGGGCAUCAACAGAUAAUGAGAAAAAUACAUGAUAUUUAAGUAGAUUUUUUACAGAGUAUAGUUGUCGCAUGCAGCCAAAAAGAAGUUCAUUCUGAGGUAACUGAAUUCCCGUAGAAUUGCGCAACAAGAUGGUUAGUUUUACAACCAAACUUAAUAAUUUUAAAACGAAAACGCACUUGAGGAUUUCAGUCAACAUUUCAUGAGUUAGCCCACCUACUGUAAUUGGCUGUUUAAAAGAGAGUGAACGUUAAUUGUGGCAGUCUUUGACGUAUCCAUAGUACUCUGCAGACGCACUGACGACAGGACGCAGCUGACGAGUCUUCGCGAAAUUUUUGGGCACCAAUAACUUUUGCCCUGCCUGCCUGCUUCGGCAAGUCCUUAUAUGUUUGAAACUGAAAAUGCCUAAUCGGUAAAUAUUGAUCUGGUAUCUGAACGUAUACUUUUGGAGUGGCAAAGGAAUUUCGGUCCAUUCCAACGAAAAAUUGACUGUAUGAAUUAUUGCAGCACUUUUGGGCAAGGAAUCGCACAAAUUUGCUAUUUCGAUCUUUAGAGAUCGAUGAAACGUCUCGUUCUCAAAAGUAGCCUCCGUGUUAACAAGCCGAUUUCUGCGGUCAGCAGAGGGCAAAAAACUCAAUUCUCAAGUGCGGAAGACUUUUUGGAGAAACCCUUAAGAGUAUACUACUUUGAAAGAAAAAAACUCAUAUACUUAGCCAGAGUCAAGGACAUGCCCAAGAUUGCCCUUGUAUAUCAUAACGUAUAUGUUUGCCCAAAUAUAUUGAUAUUUUGCUUGAUAAAGUUGCAUAGAAGCAUUUCUUUAAAGAAACCGGUCAAGAGAACAAAAUGCAAAAUAUUUAAGCUAUCCGAAAAUUCUCAAGCCAUUUUCUGUUGCCAAGUUGCACGAGAUAGGCCACGUACUGGACUGAUCACCCCGUUGACUUGACGAAAUGCCUACUGCAAUUCAAUGCGCCUAGCUGGCGAGCGGCUCAACCAAUCCCCUGACUUUAUUUUAGGACUUUUUCAGCAAAUCUGCAGCAGAACAGGCGGCGCUAAAGGACUGCUUCACGCCUUACCGCCUCAUCCACCAUCUGAAAACCAACGAAACCUUUAUGCAGCCCAUAAGCUCAACCCUGCAGGCGUUCCAAAACCCACAACUGACGCUUCUCAAUGUCCUCUCCAUGUCGCUGGGGGACUUCAAUUUCAUUGACACCAUUAUCAACCCACUGACGGAUGACUAUCAAAUCACUCUGCACUUCCCGGAAGUCACCCUCGUCAUGUUCAUCGCCUUCCUUCUCUGCUCGCCAAUGAUCCUCACAAACCUCCUGGUGUGAACGCCUUUGCUUUAUUACUGGAAGCUCUCCUGGGAUUGCUCCAGGGUCAAAAAGCUCAGUGAAAGUGAAUCAUUUGGUAGCUCCAGGUUUUAACAGAAGUCUAGGGAUGUCCUGAUGGUUUACCUGGACAAAAUUUGUCAUUUAGUUAAAAUUCACAAACCGUCGACCGGCAAGUGUCCCCUCUGAAGGAUACAGAAGACGGCAGGUUAAAAUAUUUACGAUCACUCUUCAGCAGACCUGUUCGGCUAUGUAGCGAGUCAAUGUCUGAUUGGGCACCGCAAAUGAAUACAGUAGACAGUUUCUGGGAUGAAAAAGAAGUGUGGAGGGGAAACAGAUAAGAAUAUACCGGCGCCCAUUUGUCUACGCGCCUUUGACAGGUCAGCGGUGACCACGGCAAUCGCAGUGCAAGAACGAAGGCGAUUGCAGUCGCUUUCGUGUUUGCUGGAAAGCCCUUAAGUGGCAAUUUUUGGCGCUUCCACAAUACUCUGUAGAUUGAAUAAAGACAUAACUGAGGUCCAGUCUAUGACUGGCUUCUACUAGGCGGUUGAAGGUAGAAGUGGCGACUGUCCGAACCCUACUGGUCUGUUCUCUCCCAUCCUGCUGAACAAGCCUCAACUACUAUGAACAAUCCAGUCUACUGCACGUGAAAUGGCAUUCAUCUGGACCGGUGACUUGUCCUUCUGCCUGUCCGUAGGAUGCGGACUGGGGGAAUAAUAGCUCUUCGUUGUUAUGACCGGAAAAGUGGAUGAAAUGCUUGAAAAAAUCAUUUGUUUGAUACGUCGCCGGGUGAUCCACCGUCGAGAAGUAGCCUGCAAAAAGUUCCUCUUUCCAGUGGAAACCUCGUUCUAUUCUCUCUUUUAUACGAAUGAAAAUUCUAUCACUUUUCUUCUAGCAUAUUUGGUCAGGCACUGAAACAGGUUUUUUUUCUAACGGAAGAGUUAAAUGACACUAUAAAUUGGGCAUGCUUCCUAGGUACUUUUCAUUGCAGAUAUUCCAAUUCUGGGGUAAUACGGCAAAAGCGUUCAGAAGGGGAUCAGUUCUCCUUCGACUGAUCUACCUAUUUUCCACCGAAAUGUCUGACCAUAUGACAAACCAGACAGGCAAAAUUUUGUCGAAAACGCGUUUACUUAGCUGCCUGGCAAAUACAUAACAUGUUAUAGUAGAAGUUUACCUCCCUUCACGGUAUGCACAUUCGUUUUCUUAUCAAAAUUCACAUCUCCAUGGUUUUAUGGAGUCCUGACCUGUCAGUAUCAAAUGGUCUGUCGCACAUACUGCAUUGGAAUACGCGGACUGCACACUCAUCCCAAACAUUAUUUUUAGCAAGGAAAUGGCCAUGCAGGGUUUAGGUAACAAGUGGGUAAAUUGUGCGUUGUUUUCACGACACAGCCACUUCGCCGUAUGCUCUUGUGAGCACGUCUUAGUCGUUUCUUUGCAGAUCGGCGAACAUCAACAUGGAAACAGCCAAGGAUCAAAGUUUGAAAAUCGUCCUCAUCAAAGGCUUGAAGAAACGUCAUUCCGACCCUAAUACCAUCGUGUAUAAAACCAACAUAUAUGUGACAUAAAUGUGUAAAGUAAAAAGUUACCAUGGAAUCAUUAGAGUUAUCGUAGGACAUAAAAGUUUUAUAAAUGUUCUGUUAAAACAAUUCGACUUUGGAAGAACAUUUGGUAUGGGAAGGUCAUGAAAGCAUUUUGAGACUACUAAAAAUACUCUCGACGGUUCAGGACGUUUGUGAUUAGGACGUUAAGAAGUAUCUUACAUUGUCCGGCUGUGAGCUGCAGGACAUUUAAUUAACACAACCGUUAUAAAAGGAUGUGUAUAAGUUUGAUGUGGCGAAAUAAUGCCAAUUAUUAAUAGAAAACAAAUUAAGGAGAAAAUAUUUUCAGCAUAAAAAGUCUCUGAUUCUAUCUCCACCUCUGAUUCAAACAACGAAAAUCGGAGCAUUCUCACACAAGUCAAAUUGGCCUCUUAGUAACAACAUAAAUCUCACUGUGGAUCAGGAUGUGCGGAGGUGCAACCAAGGGCGGGUUCUCGUCGUACCAGCCACCUACCUCCUCUCCCGCCUCAGAUCUUCUCGACACCCACGACACCGAACCCAUGUGGUGGCGGGGAAGAAAGUGCGGCAGACGCACAAGUCGCCGUCCCUGCUCUCCCCCUGUUGUGGAGAACACGGUGGACACCGUCGGUAACGACGGUCUAACUGUCGGGCAACGAAGCACGCGAAGUCAGGCAUGAUGGAAAUGCAAACCCUUAUUAUUCUUAGAAUCAAACACGGGCGAUGCAUGCCACAACGCCGCGAUUUCUCGUUGGCUGCAUUUCUGGUUGGCUAGUGAGAUAAAGGGGAGGACGAGAAAUCGAAGGUGGCGGAAAUAUAGUGAAUGUCGCCUCUGCCCCUGUUCUCACUAAAACCGACUUUAUCUGCUUGCUUUCGUCUUAUGACAUAAGAUUAGUAAAAAAUCAGAUGAAAUGUUGGAAAUGUAGAGACUGUUCGAAAAGCGUUCAUCAGAAGCGGCAGAGAAUAUUCAGUUAGGUAUACGCUUCAAACGAAAUAACUUUGAGAAACAGCGUUAAUUUGUAGUGACCAAUCUCUCGAAAUGUUAACCGAAAUGCUGAAAUACGUUUUCGAUUGGGAAAAGGUGCUCAAGUGGGGCUGUAAGAUUUAUUAUCUUGCAGCGAAAUCCCAUGAUACGUCAUACACUCCGGGGUUUUGGCUUCUGAAUACAUUUCUUUUUGACCACCUGCAAAAAUCUCAAUCGAUAAAAAACCCACUUAUUUUAUCGAUUUUUGGUGUCCUUAACAAUUAAAACAUAUUUACCAUAAAGCAUGCGCAAAAGCAUUCUUUCUUGUACCUUUUUGAAAAAAAAUCAUGUAUUCUUGAAAUCUUAUGUUAGAAGGCGGAGUAUCAUUUGGUCUUUAACGAGAUGGGUCACUCACUAUUUGAUGACUGUUAGCGAGUUUUUCGCAAUUCAUCAACUCUCUGCCCGGCUACGCAACCUUCAGUCAUCUUGCUCACAAAUACUACUACUAAACCAAACUCUGAAGGGAUCAAAGACAUCUCUUGGUGGCCAAACACCAGUUUUCUCAUAUCUAUCCCUUUAUCGACCUUUUCAUUAUUGCUGCCACUUUCCUGGGAUAUUUGUUGAUAUUCCUGCCUUUAUUUCCAGGUCGGUCUUGCGGUUGGCGAUAUCGAUGCCGUCCGGAAGGAGGCUACUGUCCGACUUAUCGCCCAGAUUGUCAAUUGGUACAAUUCCAUUGAAAGGGCUGUUCCUAGACGCCUCUACGCUCAUCUCGUGAUGCACACAUGGAAGAGCAAUUCUAAUUUCAGGAAAACGGCUCGGGUAAGCAUGAUGGCUCCUCUUCAGAAAAAGGGGCCUUCUUAAUUAAAUGUUUUUUUCUCUUUUAAUGCAAACGAGAUUAGGUUUAUGGGAGUUAGUGCUAAUUCUAAAGUUAGACGGGUUGGGGUUAGGGUUUGGCUUAGAGUUAGGACACGGCUAUAGCUACUUCCAUUAAGGUUAACAUAAGGCCGCCUUUGGUAAGGGGCGUCCUCAUUCGCGUGUCCAGCCAAAAAUGGCAAAAGUCAAGAAAAUGUUGAAGGACAUGAAUCGACAAUGUCGACUGUUUCACACACCUAGAGGUGCCGUUGACUUUUAUGAUGGAAUCCAGAAUGAACAUUUCUAAAGCCGAUGGUCAUUACACCCUCCCUUGUGGCUACCCGAAAUACGUCUGUGUUAUUGAUUUUCGUGUCGGCUUGGCGGCGCCGAUGCGUGCUGCAGAUUGACGCCCCAAGUCAGGGCAAAGUAUCCAUACUCUGUCCUGCAAUCAGGAAAAGUCGAUAAAUGUCUCACACACGCACGAGCGAUUUUGUGUCAGGCAAAUUUUGAACGACGAAAAAGGAAUAGUGAUGGGCAAUUAGCGGUUGUGGAGAGAAGCAAAAAUUUUCAUCAGUCUUGCCACAGUUGAUGUUAGGCAUCUGCUUUUAUGUCAUAUGUGGCGCGCUAGCUGAAGCUUGUCCGGCAAACAAUACGUUUUACCAAACUGCACUUAAUCCUUACCUUUUUAUCGAGGAUGACAGCCAGUGUUUCCUACUAUUCCUACUAAUUGAUGUCUUCUUGGUAGGCGUACGAUACAAGUGACGCCGGUUACAGUCCUGUUCAACAGUCUGCCAAAUUCAAGGAAGUAACUGGGUAAUUUCCGAUUUAUUUCCUCUUAUGAUAACUUGAGUUACUAAUCAUCGACGUCUUUUUGAUUUGCCUUGUUACGCCCAUGAUUAACUAAGUCAAAAAGGGUUAUUACCAAGUGCCAAAAAUACAAGAAGGUUUCCUCAGAGAUGAUUUAAAGGCAAUUAAUUUAGGAGAGCAGAAUGACGAUAAACUUUGACCAAGAGGCUAACUGCGACAAAUUUUCUAUAAAGAUGUUCGUCUAUGCAUAAAUAGGCUAUUGAGGAAACCAGUUAAGAUCGGAUUAUCUUAAGAUAAAAAUGACCCUGUAGUGGUGAUUCGUAAUCUAACCGCAAUCUGGCAAUCGAUUGCGGCUAAUGUACUACCACACUAGUCUUAGAGGAAAUUAAUGUCAUUUUUCAUAAAUAACAAGAUAAGUGUUUACUGAAAACAAUCCAUUUUUGACUUGUUGCAUAAUCACCCUCGUUAUUAAUCCCGGUUCCCCAUAUCGAAGCAAAGUUUUCAAUAAUCUCUUUAAAAAAAACCAGUUGAGUUUGAUGCAGAGGAUUCCAAAGACUUAGUUUUGGAGUUAUCGUUAUUUCGCAUGGUUUUUCCGCCCAGAAAGUGCUGUAGAAAUCUGAAGAAACGACAAUCACUUGCCCGAUAAAAAGGUUAAUGGGGUGGACAACGUUUCCGCCAUAAAUCUAGGAUCUUUUUCUGAUUCUGUUGCGCCGAGUGAGGUCUCGCGUCGUCAUGCAGCAGAAUGUCAUAUUUUCUGUUGAUUAGGGUUGGAUUUAUAACGACAGUAGCUUGAUUCAAUCGUUCUAAUUGUUCACAGGUGUGGCCUGCUGUUAUACUUCGAACAUGUUGCCAGCAGUACUCUACCAAACACAGAAAAGGUUUCUGUAGAUAUUGGUCUAAGCUCGGUGUAGUAAUUGGCAUCUGACUUGUGUAAAGUCAUUGGCGUUUGUGUUUGCUGAUAAUGUAAAGGAUCUUUCUUAUCUCCAGUGAAAGUUCGAUUAAGGAAUGGCUCCCCUCUCUGUCUACUCAACAAUAAGUCGCCAGUUAGGGAAAGUUGGGCUUUGUUUUACACCUAAAGUUAGCAUUUGACCCAAACGUCCUGUCUACUGACUUCCCCAUCCUCUAGAAAUUGCUAUUGGAUAGUAGAUCAUUAUAAAUCUGGGUUUCUUGGUAGUUCUCUCUUUGCCCGACGAGGAUCUGCGUAAACAGUAGCGAUGCUGAGACAAGCGUGCAAGGCAGGAUUUGUUGGCAUUAACGAAUUGCGUGACGGCUCAUCAGCUGCGUCCUGUCGUUUCAUAACAUAAAUAGCGAGUGUAAAGAACAUGGCAGUUUGAAUUCGUGCAGAAAAUUGAUGCAGAAACAGCAAGGUCAUGGUCUUUAGGCAAUGCUGACUAAUCGAUAAAAUAAGUAGCUUAGGCACAAUACGGGAAGAAUAGUGGGAAAAACGUUAACUAGCAAAGAGAAAGGGCAAUGUGAAAAUCAUAGAGCUAGAGAUUAUCAUGGCAGUGUUAAGUUGAACACAUAUUCCAGUUGUUUACCUAAGUCUGGUUUCGCCCGCCGUACAGUAGAUGUGUUAACUCAUGAAAUGUCAACCAAAAUUUCGAAAUGCGUUCUCCUUUCGAAAAGAUAAAUUAAGUAGUGUUGUAAAACUAAUAAUGAUGUAGCUUAACUAUAAUGAUCCAGUUACCCCAGGGUGUCGGCUUUCGAAAGAAAUUAUUUUCGGCUGUAUGCAUGAUCUAUACUCUGCAAAAAAUGACUACUUAAGUAUCAUGCAAUUUUCACAUUUAUUUUCGAUGCCCUUGCAAAUUCAAUUACAUUUCAUGGAAGACAUGCAUAAAAUAUUCAUUCUUUUACUUAUUCGGUAGAAAAUCACGUCUUCAUCCAAUUUCAUACUCAAAAAAAGUAUAAUUCGGUUUACAAAAGUUUCUAAUUGUGAGAUUUUUUAAUACCGUUAAAUGGCCGUUCAUGAAACGUCAUCUAUCUGCAUUUACAAAUGUGGCUUGUAAAGUUAGCAAUAUUGCUCAAAUCCACUGCUUAAUUUUAUGAACCUCAUAUGGUCUCCUCUUAACACCGUAGAGAAAUGCAUGGUUUUCCGUACACGGAAAAUUUACAGCUUGUAGUUUUGAAACCCUGAAUGCAAGUGUAACGGCGGGUCGGGUUCAAAAUUAUUCGGGAAUUAGAAAAGUUUUUUAAAAACCGAGUUAUACUCUUCUUUUGAGUAUGAAAUUGGAAGAAGACGUGAUUUUCUACCGAGUGAGUAGGAGAAUGAAUAUUUUUAUGCAUUUUUUCCAUGAAAUAUAAUUGAAUUUUCUAGGGCAUCGAAAAUCAAUGAGAUAAUUGCAUGAUACUUAAGUAGUCAUUUUUUGCAGAGUAUAGAUCUUGCAUGCAGCCGAAAAUAAAUUCUUUCGAAAGCUGACACCUUGAGGUAACUGGAUCAUUAUAGAUUUAUGCUGCAUCAUGAUAAGUUUAACAACGCCACUUAAUUUAUCUUUUCGAAAGGAGAACGCAUUUUGAAAUUUUGGUUGACAUUUCAUGAGUUUGCACAUCUACAGUAUAUUGGCCGCCUCCAGGCAACAAAAGGUCCGAGUUGCUCGUGCCCGGACAAGUACUCAGAAGAAUGUUUUGAGGUCUCCGGAUUGAUCAUUAUUAAGCAGGUGUUCUGUAAUGGAGGAACUCGAGAUUUUGUUCUCCUGCUUUAGAAGCCAUCGGGGUGGGUGCUCAAUAGACCUAGCCGCCAACUGCUUUUGCGUACGUCCAAAGGGUCGUUAUCCAACUCCACUGGUCUUCCCCGACAAGGGAAAUUGAAAAGAUUUAAAUCGCUCGAUUGGAAUUUUGAAAAUCACAAAGGUACUUCUGGACAUCUAAAGAUUUCGAAUACACAGCAUAGAUUGUUUUGGUGUCAGGUCUUGCGUUGUUUCGCUCACGAAUGUCAUACACUAUACGACAGCGAACAAGGCCACCUUCGGGUUUUAUGUCUCUCAUUUUCUUGGUUUAAAUUUAAAAAGCAAAAUUUCUGCCAAAUUCCAAAAAAGAAGACCUAACUAGCUUACAAAGAUACAUGGUUCAAAUGGAGCAGACAUAAACAUCCAUUAAGUACCAUUCAAAUUAGAGCUGGAAGAAAAGACAUAUCUUUCCGGUAUUCCUAGUUCAAAAGAGUCUUUCGUUAUACCGGAGGCAUUUGGACUCAUAAGUCAUUGUUUUCUUGGAGUCCAUCUGCAGCUCAACUUUGGUUUUACUCACAUUCACUUUUAGCUUUUCUGAUUUUACCCUAGAGAGUUUUGGUACAAAUGCGUCUCUCAAAGACUGACCAGUUUAAUAAGUGCACUUUUAAAUAGCACAAUACGUGGUGAAAUGCUGAAUCUGGAGUCAGUCAACUGCGCAAACAUCAUACAAAACUAAAUUCCUACUUGCUUCAAUUUUUUAUAGCAUUUGAUCGACGUCUGCAUUAAGUCGGUCAGGUUUUGGGACAAUAAAUUAAAUACUUUUAUUCUAUUAUUUCUAUAAUUAUUUGCAUUUUCUUUGAACUUUGUACUCAACGAAGGAAAGUAUUCUAGUUUUUAAUUUCUGCAACUUUAAAAAACAGUGUGAUUUCAACUUCCUAUAAACCACGUGUAAUAAAGGAAUUUUUAUUUAUUUUUUACUGAACAUAUGACUUAAUUUCAACAGACAUCAAACCUACAUAAUACACAUUAACUUUAUGGGUGUCGCUCAUUUCUUGCAAACUUUUACACGAGUAGACAGAAGUCAGUUCAGUAAGAUGCCAAUCUACUUAGACAAAUAUAUAUAUUUUGGAGUAGGUUCCAUACCUACUGGAUUAGCAAAUUCGACCAAGUAACUUUCAGUCCGAAAACACAUCUAAAAACAUGGGCCGCUGUUUUAUGAACCCCGGCGUCUCCAACAUUUCGACAAGAUUCAUAUUGACCCAACUGUGAAAAACUCGGCGCCUCGGUGGGAUUCGAACCCACGCAGUAAGGGGGAAGGCUUUAGUACAGCCAACGCUCUAACCACCUGAGCUACGAGGCCCCGCCAGACGACGCGAGUUUUAUCACACUUGGGUCAAGUUACCCGCCCAACCUACUGCAACGUCUGGAAUCCACCAAAUCUGAUACAGUAAGUUGACUGCCCAAGCAGGAUUUCCUAAGUAAUUCACCCAGAAUCCACCAGAUGACUACUAGGCUCACGUAAUUCAUUGAUAUUUUGGCAGAUUUUGAAUAAUUCAUAUUGACCCAACUGUGAAAAACUCGGCGCCUCGGUGGGAUUCGGACACACGCAGUAAGGGGGAAGGCUUUAGUACAGCCAACGCUCUAACCACCUGAGCUACGAGGCCCCGCCGGACGACGCGAGUUUUAUCACACUUGGGUCAAUAUGAAUUAUUCAAAAUCUGCCAAAAUAUCAAUGAAUUACGUGAGCCUAGUAGUCAUCUGGUGGAUUCUAGGUGAAUUACUUAGGAAAUCCUGCUUGGGCAGUCAACUUACUGCAUCAGAUUUGGUGGAUUCCAGACGUUGCAGUAGGUUGGGCGGGUAACUUGACCCAAGUGUGAUAAAACUCGCGUCGUCCGGCGGGGCCUCGUAGCUCAGGUGGUUAGAGCGUUGGCUGUACUAAAGCCUUCCCCCUUACUGCGUGGGUUCAAAUCCCACCGAGGCGCCGAGUUUUUCACAGUUGGGUCAAUAUGAAUUAUUCAAAAUCUGCCAAAAUAUCAAUUAAUUUCGACAAGAGUCCACUUGCUUAUACCUGGUUUCUUUGAAGCGGGCUCUGCAGAUUCAUAUCUGAGCUCGGCACGCUAAAUAAAAUAAAGGGAUUAAUAUCGCAAGGGCAGAUCUCUUCUUUGGAGGAAAAUCGAUAAAAUCAGAAGAGUCUUAACUUGCGACAUUUCACUAAAAACAAAAAUGCCUUAUCAAACUGAUACGGACUAUUCUCGAAUUCAGUACGGAGAACCAUUGGGUAUAGUCUAUAAAAAGCCUAAAUACAUUUUCGAGCGAUCGAUAUCUGCAGAAUUUGCUGGUCCACAGGUGGACCUCUGGAACCCCGUCCCCACUUAAGUAGCGAUCAUUUUCCUCAAUGCUCCCGAUUCUCCUCAAAGGUCUGUAUUUUAUCGAAUAAUUAUAUCCUGGAAACUUUCGUUAUCUAGGACAAUUGUCCCGGAGCACUUUUAAAUAGCCUAGUUCUCUAAUAUUUGCUGGAGCUCGGGUCGUCUAAAAAAAUGUUAACGGAGCGGCAUCGCCUGUUCAUACAUUCAUCCCCGUGGGCUGAUAAUACUUCUAUAAUUUUUCACAUUAUUAUAUGCAGUAAGCAGUGGUUCUCUGCAAUGAAACUAUUCAAAGCGCGGCCAUUUCUCAUAGAACAGAUUAAGUCCUCAUUUUAGUAUCAGGCUAACAUGUCUCUUUAAAUGUCAACUUUUUAGGGGAUAUAGUUUUAGAGUCAUAUAUAACACACAUUUUAACCUAUAAAAAUAGCCAAUACUACGUACAUUUUGAUAAUUUAUUUUACAAAUGCUUCACAUAAUGACUUUUCUUUACGAACGCGACCUGUACUGAAAAUCCGCCUUCUACAGCUAAUACAAUAUAGUUAGAUCAGUAUCUCACUGCAGCGUAGCCCCACUUAAUUCAUCAGGAUGCAUACGCUGACUAUAGAACGUUGAUGCUGUUUUAUUUUCGCUAUCAGGAUAGAAGCAGACGCUAACGGACUCAGUGGCCGACGUUUUUCUAUCAAAAGAACCACUUCUACUGCAGGCUCUGGGUGCGAUAUCUAAAUACACAUCUUAAACAGACCAGACAACAGACGGCACAGCAUUAGUGUGGGGAAUUAAACAGACAUAAACGGAUGAUUGCGGACUGUGGCUCCUAUUUUCGUUCAAUUUGCCGGCUAUCAGGUAGUCUACUAAUGAUUUGCCCUCGGCUGUCUCCUUGAGACUAUUACAAUAGUAAGAAAUUACCAAAGGGCGACUGGGAUGAUCAUUUCUAGAAUAUUGGAGGUUAUCGGCUAGUCGCACUAAACCCCCCGGUUUAAAACACCUGAGGCUCAAUCCUGCGACCCGUUGGUUAGAGGUCGAACGCGCUAACCACUGAGUCACUGGCUCGAUGCCCUGCUGGUUGCGGUCGGGUAGAUAUACAGCGGUAGAAGAGCGUUCACCGAUCGUGUUGUGGAGCUCACUCGUCCCGUUGUGCCUUGGGGUCCGCACUCUCGCGUCUCGCCAACAGAAGUACAGCAGAGCUUGGCAAAUGCGAAAUGAAAAUACCUGCUCGUGCUACUAAAAUAGACUGAAUCAAAGCUUUUGAAAGUGAAAGUCCUGAAGAUAGAAUAUUAUUAUGCAAAACCCAGAAGAUUUUCCAGAAGGAUUUUACUUUUUUCGAAUGGUAAGCGGUUAAGAUGGUGAGUUUCUGUAAUAAAAACUAGGGAACUGAAAUAAUUCGACCCAGUGAAGACCCGAAAUCUAGGUCAAAAACGUAGUGGGCUACCAAAUUCCGCCAAUGAUUUCGUCGGGGACGCAUUCGGUUUUGAUUCUAAUGACUGAGGACUAAUUUUUGGCACUGAAUGAACUAAGCGCAGUCUACUCAAUUGUAAAUUCCGUUUUUUUCCUUGCCAACCUUUUUUUAAACUUUUUUUUACCGGAAGACGUGCAAAAGCAUCAUUGUGAUGAAUGAUGAGCUAGCGGUCAGAUGUGGUUAUGUAGCCCCACCUGAGGUAAACAAACCCCAGCCACCUCUGAUACGGGACUGGCGGCAGUAGAGCUUUUACAGGUUGAACUGGGGAACGCACAGGUGGUGACGAGGUCAAGCAAAGGCAUGCAAAAGAAAAACUGCUGGGAAAGCGCGGUUGUACUUUACGUAGUUAAGAAAUAGUUGCCCUUACCCUAACCCCUAAUCAUAACGUCUAACGCAACCCCUAACCAUAACCCCGGCAGUAUCGUAUCCAUCAGAUGGGGCUACAUGACCACGUCUCACCGAAUUAGCUUGAAAAAGAAAAACAUUUUAUUACCCUAAUGUGUUUCUCCUUGUCCGCUUGUGAAGCACUUAUGCCCUCGAGGAGCGAAUACAGAUUCAGUUCAAUGAGAUGAAGGAGAUGAUAAAGGCUCUUGGAGAUAAAAAGCAAAAGGGUGAGUACGCCUCAGGGCAUAUUCUGUCUUUUCUACUUGUCUGACAUUUUUGCAAAACAGUAUUUCCAGACAUGUUUCCUUCCCGUGCGAAUGCAUCUGCCUGAUCCGUCAGCUCAUUACAGCAGGAUUUCGACUCAAACGCCCAUAUGAACUCUGCAAAAUUCCCGUACAUUCUUCAUUUUCUAUAUCUAUAGCUCUAGUGUAGGAAAGUAAAUCCUGCUAAAUCACAGAUAUAAACUAAAUAGGCGGAAUCUUGUAAAAAGCACGGGAAGGUUUCCCAGAGACCCGGCAAAUUAAAUGGCUGAAAUUGAAAUUAUUGCAAGUAAUAGAAAUAUGGGGAUUCUCUUUCAUGUAAAAGUGUGGUACUAGUAUUAACAUGAAAUGUACGAUAGGUAUUUCGCAGUUAUUGAAUAAAACUUCAUGGGCAUUUUUAAAUUUACUUAAAAAACCGUAUCCCCGGCGUAUUAUCCUAAAAUUAAUUUUUAUAGACCAUAAAUCAGAGGGGAAAAUGGUGGCCACAUUUCUUAACCCAGUGCAGCCAAUGGACGAAAGGGUUUUCUGCUCUAAUGGUUGAUCCCCUUUCUGUGUGUAUGGUCAAAUUAACUUUGUUUUCAUAUUACGCAUCUAGUACUUUAGAGUGAAUGAGUGUGCAGCAGUGAUUUGUAUCAAAAUUAUGACCGAGCGUAAAGUCAUGUUCUGAACAAUCUUCGCCAGACGAGUUGAGUACAUUCAAAACAUUAUAAAGUAAACUGCAACAUAUAUUCCUUCUGUCAAUCAUCAAUACAAAUACAUCCAUCUAAAAUGUUGGGGACUUCUUUGCUACUGUUAGUUUAUCAAAGACAUUUCAUGUUGGCCCUACUAUGGGGGUAAAUGUUCCGCAACUUGAUCUGCAAACGCCCUCCUAUGAGAAAAAGUCACAAAAUGCCUGUGAAUUUCAAAUAUUUUUUGACAAUAGCUCAGACAAAGCAAUAAUUAUCGAGGCAUUCGGAACAAGAUGCAGUGUAUAUUUGCAAGUAUAACUGCCCAACGGUCACACAGUUCUGAAUAUGACUUUCCAUUUCUUAACCAUUUAGCUUUGCAAAACAAAUUAGCGUUAAACACAGUAAGCGAAGGGUUCCCGCUCACUUAUAUUCAAAGCAUGCAUUUAUGAAUUGUAAACAGGGUUGGAGAACCGAAGAGGCUUUCUGCAUAAAAAAACUGUUUUGCUUUCUUCUAGAUGAAAAUUUCAAAACGACGAGUCGCAAGACCUUUUUCUAG